GGGAGUGCGCAGCAGCAGAAGCAGCAGCAGCCUGUCAAAUCACAACGGGGGUGACGCAGAGGCAGAGGACUUGAGCGAAACUCCUCCGAAGACUCAUUUCGGCGUCUAAACGUGACUCGAUUCCGAUUAUUCUGGUGUGAAAGUACUUCACAGUCGGGAUUAUGAGAAGUUGGGGUAGUUUACUCACGUCUGAUGGACGUUUGGAGUAGAUUAAGAACACAGAAGUUCGGGUUAGAAGCGUAAAGGCGCACGGACGAAAGGACGCGCAGUGGAUAUAACCGUGUCCGUCUGCGUCUGCAUUCGUUUUCAACUUUCUUUUCGAGGAAUGUGAGUUUUUCUGGACACCUUUGAACCCGUUUAGGUGAAUACAAACCCGGGGGGUGAAAAAGCCACUUUUACAAACUUUGUGUGCCUUAAAUUCAGCAUGCUGGCGAACACGGCGCUGUACGCGGCGAAGAAACGGAAGAAGCCGGUCCAGAAAAUGUAAGUCAACAAGUUUAAAUGUACUUAAACCCCAGAAAUGUUCCAGAUGGAACCUGAAAAAUAAGCCGUUUUAAGCAGUUGAAGCUCUUCCAUACUUCCUCUGACUCUGAGUGACUCUGAACGCAUUUUCAGUGACACUUCUGUACCUUUACUGCAACACUCGAGCCAUUCUGCUCUUAUAGAAACAUGACUUCUGCUUUAUGACUGAAUUUAUGCAGACUGUUACUCUUUCUACUUAAAUAUCACAUAUAGCAUCACACAUACAUGACUGUGUUGGAUGUUUUAUUGCCUUUUAAUGAGUUUUUUGCACGCACACAGGCAGCACUUGUAGCUCUGCACCAAUACAUUCUUUUUUCAAGGUGGUUACAGCUGUGCAAACAUCUCCAGACUCAUUCACACAGUGUGCAUUACAGCCUGUCUAACACGGUUAGAAGAGUAGUGUAGUAAGUCAUGCUCUGUGCCUCCAAUAGUAGCUACAUUGUCUUGAGCUGGAUCCAUGAGACCAUAAAGUCUAUUUUCCCUGCUUGUGGUUAUGCAGCAGUGGCCGGCUAGACCGAAGUAAUGUUUAGUGUUGGAGUCCAACAGCCCUGCAGGAUUGUCCUGGUGGAAAAUGAAGAAAAGUGUUGCUUCAGGAUGAUUUCAACCUAAAAUUGAGGCGGCAGCAGAAAGAUUAAACUCUGUUACUGUAUGACUACAUUAUGUUUUUCUGCCUAAUGACUCUUAAAGCUGGCAAAAAUAAAUCCUCACUUCACUCAAAAUCAUCAUACCACCUUUGUACGAUUAAAUUUUUGUUUUUUAAUUGAGUACGCAUUAAAAAAACUCUUCUUUUCCUUUUGAUUUGCCCUUAUGGACCCCUGGAGUAUGUAGUUUGAGAAAAAGUGGAUUUUAUUUGUUAUUCCCGGAACAAAGAGUAGAUUAUGGUCACGUUUCUCUGUUGAUAGUUAUGUAGGAUUUCUUUGGAUGUUUCAGGACCUCUUCAGGAGUUCCUCAGGGAGCAAAAGCAGUCGGCAUUUAUCCUGGGUUGCCCCAUAAACAGAUUGUUAUCGCUUCAUAUUGAAACCAUUAAUACGAGUUUCUAUUCUUCCAUGCUGGACUUUUGUGCAUUUAGUGUCUUUAGAGAAAGAUCAAAAACUCUUAUAUGUCUUUAAGAGUCUUGAGACAGAAGUAAAAGUGACAAAGGUCAAAGGUCAAACCCUUUGUCGACCUAUAAACAACCAAGUAUCACCAUAUUUCUCUGAGUAAACACCUGUCUGUGCUGAACAAGCCUCUGUAAGCCUCUCACGUACUCCAAAUGAAACAGUCUAAUUUUGACCCAUUUAAGCAAAUUCAUUUCCAAGUUUUUAUGAUGAGUUAUCACAGACUCUUCAUGAUAGCUUAUGCGCCUAAAGAGGCUCUUUAAACAACCAUUGGAAAACAAACCAAAGACCUUCAGUGGUGAUCCAAAGAGGAUGGUCACGGUCAGGCAGUUUAUUGGAUGCUAUGAACAAGUUUUACUGAUGUUUUUUAAAGCACAGUGAUCAAAUAUUGUGUCACAGACCACUUGGAGUAGAGUAAUCAUGUUCGAGGAGUAUGUAAGGAAGCUUUUGGGCGGAUCAGAUCAAUUAUUUUGGGCAUAAAUAUGUUUUCAGGGGGAAAAUAUGCCAAAGUAAUACAUUAUAGAGGGUGGAGUUGUAGGGCGCCCUCUAUAGGAAACACCUCAAGGUGCAUAGUCAAGACUGCAGGACCCUUUUGUCCAUUUGGAGGGUGAUCAAUUCAGAUUACAUGGCCAGAUCAAUCACGAUGAUCGACUUGGUGAUGCUGGACUGUACCUGGAAACACGAAAAACAGUCACUCCAACAGGUUGCUGCUGUUUCUCGCCAACUUCCUCCUUGUUUCUGUCUGUCGUGUUCGUCCCUCGAUGAUACAUCAUGAUAUGGUUUCACGUCGUCAGGUUCCCUCAAUAAUGGGAUCAAUUUACAGGACUCUCAGUUCCCAGAACCUUACAUUUGACAGAUGUAUGUGUGCUCGUCUAACCUCAGUAGAAGACCCUUCAGGGAGACGCUCCAGAGCAGACAUGGUUCAAUACAGACGCUCCAUCAUGCAUUACAGAACCCCUUAGGAAGGCUCCUCCUGGCCCAUCAGGAAAGACGCCUUAGGCUUCAGUUUCAGUUUUAGCUUACAUGGAUUUCUUUAGUCCCAUCGUGCUGGUCUGACUGUUUUGUGUUGUUGCCACCCUUGGCCUGGUCUCUCAUGAAAAGAGGUCCUGAAACAGGAUCAGUAAAGCUUCAACAGUACUGUUGACCAUAAUUCUCAAACCAUGGUGCUGAAAUCUCUGCGAAAAGAUCUACUAAUAGAAAUAUUCGGUGAGCUACAAACACUUCAUUUAGACCCUCGCGGAGGAAAUAAUCAGUCUGAGGCGGUUUUGGAGAAGGAUUAGACUGAAACGGUUGAUCCUAGAGCUGCUUUCUUAGUGCUUAAAGUACACUUUAAGAAGUUUGUGGCAUUACUGUGAUUACUGGACCUUAAGUAGCUCUUUUUUCGUGUAGAAAAAUGCUGAACUUCUGAAUUUUAAGACUGGUUAGUGCUUUUAAACCCUUUUGUAAGAGAUUCUGUGGGACAUUUGUGAUUGCUCUAUCUUUGGUGCAGUUUCACAGAACUUUCCAGAAAAGCUUUGUGCUCAAAUGGUUAAUCCUCUCCUCCUCUAAAGAGCCCUUUCUUAUCCUGAGAGCUGCUCUGUCCUCUCUGUCCUCUCGGUCCUCCUCACUGUGAUUUUACCAGUUUGUGAUUUUUUACUUUAACAAGCCAGACGGAGUGUUAACUGCUGCAUACAGAACCACAGCCCCCGCUCACAGAACCACGGCAGAACCCUGCCAGAACCGCGGUCUGAGUGUGUGUGGUACUACCUGCAUUAAUCAUAAUCAGGACGUGGAGCGAGAGCGCUCUCACGCGAUGUUUCCACGAGGGAGGAGGGAGGGAGGGAGGAUGGCGUAAUCUGAGACUCGCUCUGUUUUUUUUCUCCUCCUCCUCUGACUGCCACAACAUACUUUUUUCCUGUCUUUCCUUCUGUCUCUCUGUGUGUUUUUUUGGGGGGUUGUUUCUUUCCUCCCUCCCUCAACACAAAUUAACAUAGUUCUGUGUCACGCAAACGGUUAUGUAAGCCUGCCAUGUUCUCCCGCCCGGAUUUUUAGGAAAAGUUUCUCUCAGGGAGUUUAUCUUUCUUUUUCCUUUUCUUUUUUUCCUCUGGAGUGAGUUAUGAGUGAGAGAGAGAGCCUGUUUAACCCACAGUGGAGUCUCACAGCGCGCCCCGCGGCACUCCACCUUCAUGUUUACAUGCAUUGUAAAAGUAGAACAUUUAAAUUUAUGGUAAUGUCUCUGCGUCUGUGUGUGUGCUUCACAUAAGUCACGAUUCAAUCACAAAACAUUUGAUAGAUUGGUGGACAGAUGGCCAAAAAUCAGCGGACACUAACAUUAUACUUGUGGGAGCUCUAAUUCCCCAAAUCCACGCCGCUGUAAAAGCCUCUCCUUCUUGAUUUCAGGCUUUAAACCUUUUUCUUUUUGGAUCUUGGCUGCAGGGAUUUGCUCUUAUGCAGCCACAAAAGCCUUAAAUAGGGUCCAACCCUGAUGUUGGAGGAUAAAAAACCUGGCUCUCAGUUGGUGUUGGAAGAAGCUGAGGUCAAGGAUCUGGUUACGUAUUCCUGAAUUUCAGCCUUUUUCUGAUGCUGCAGACUUGUGAAGGUUUAUGACAAGGAAUGAAUGGAGAGUCCUUUUCUAGGAGUAAAAAAACACAUUUAAAAAACUCUGGUUGCAGUGUUAAAGAAAAAUGAAACCCUUUGACUUCCUGCAGAGUGGUUAUAAUGACUGUCCCCGGCUCAGGACCAUAUCAAAUGUUGAUUGUAGGGUGUGCUCCCUCUUCACAAUCAGCUAAUGGAGUUCUUGUCCUUACACUAACUUUGCAACGUAAUCUCUCUGACCCGGAGGCAUCACAACGGCUCAUGCUCAGAAUGAUAGCGACUAGAUAAGAGCCUGAACUCUUUUCACACCUUAUUCCUGCAUCAGUAGUUGUUAGUUCAUGAUAGUGCAAAUAUAACCUUACAUAGCUCACACUCCUUUUGUUUAAAGUAAAUCACUUGUUGCCUCUUUUGGCUCAGGUGUUUGACUGAAAACACUGAACAUCAUGUUUGCUGUGUUCGUUUCUGCUUCGCUGCAGCUCGUCUGCAGAUCUAAACUAUGAGAAUAAAAACCGUUCCAUUUGUGUCAGAGUUUUAUAUUUAUAAGGCAAAUAUGCUAAACUCACUGCUCAUACCUCACUCUGAUUCAGACCUACCAGCAAGGCCAGCUCAGGAAGGGCGACUGCCCUGCUUCGCUCUGCCACCGUCUCUCUGACCUACUUUUUUUGCAACUUGCAGCGCUGCAGCAACUGUCAGUGCAUCCGAAUUUCAAAAAAUCUGUGAUUUGUCUUGUGAAAUGUGCCGGAUGAUAGAGUCAGAGUGGAAUUCAUAUUGUUUUCGCUGUUUUGGUUUGUGUUGAAGCUUCUGUAAAAGAUUAUGUAGAAAGUUUAUGCAGCUGAAGCACAAAGAAGUAAACACAUGUAAGAAAGAAUGAGACAGGACGGGGUUGAAAAAAUGUCUCAGCGCUGCAACAGACUACUUAAUUCAAUUCCUACAAGUCCUGUAGAGCAGCAGCAGCAUCCCUGCAGUUUAGUCCAGAUUUUCAGAGAAAUCAAAACCUCUGUUAUCAUCCUCCAUCCAACUCAAAGUGCAUUUUAGACAUGCACUUUUAAAAUGUCUGCAUGAUUAAGAGGAAAAGUAACUCUGCUAAAGUAGUGUCAUGUCUCUUUUAUUAAUCUGCCUCCUUUCCCUCGACAAGUGUUGCUGCCAAAGAGUCAAAGAGGCUGGAGCUCGAGGCCAAACUGGUCAGGGGUAAAGUGGUCUGGUCUGGAGUAAACUAGUCUGGAAUAAACAGUUUUUUGCUUUGUUUGUUUUGGUGGGAUUUCGUCAGAGGUCACGCUGAUGGAUAUGAGACUCUUAUGACCCACAUGUGAUGGACGUCAGUCUGAAAUCUCACUUCCUUAGAUGUUAUGACACCAGAGAAGGUACCGAACUGAGAGGCCGCUCCAAUGGUUUUGUUGGCCCCUUAAUCUCCUGUGCUUUUGGUUCAGAGGUUGGAAACUCUUUAUUUUCAGCUUGCAGAGUUAACACAGAUGAAACGUUUGAAUGAAACAUGGCAUGCUGUUUAAGGUCAUAUCAUCUUUAUCACUUUAGUGAGUCCUCAUUGCUCCCUGCUCUGUUUCCCAUCUUGUCAUGUUUAGCAAUGUUUAUUUGUAACAGACCAAAUCUGUAAAACACAAAAAUGUUCAAUUUGCAGUAACUUUAAUGGAAAAAACGGCAGAUCUCACAGUUGCUGCGUUAACAUUUCUGGUUAUUUCUGCUAAUCGGUACUUGUUUCACCUAAAAUGUAUAAUUGAUGAUCUAAAUGAUUGCAUUUUCUGAUCAUCAGCAACUUAAACUGGUGUUGCACCCUGCUACGCUCUCUAAAAUUGUAGAAACAAACCAGGUAGAUAGACAUAAAUCUGCAUGAAGUCGAGUUUGAAAAUGAUACAUGGCAUAUUGAGUAUUGGUUCAAACUGUUGCCUCUCUCAGCUCUGUUAUCGACUCUCUGGGUCUAAAAUCGGUGCAUCUGUAUCAUAACUCCCCGUGGGUCGGACUCCAGUUUCAUAUUUAGCUCCUUUUGUUCCUCGGAGGUGUCGCUGCCCUGACGAAGACAAAGUGCCUUUGUGAGUGUUUCUUUAAGUCCAACACCACCCCACACACACUCACCUUCACUCACACACUCAUAUAUAAAUCCACGCCCCUUCCAGGACUGAUGGAGGAGAUAAAGCGAGCAGAACCAACACUGGCCGCUCAUUGUUCUUGUGCCGGCUGGAAUGCAGCGAUAGCCAUCUCGGCCCGAUUUCAGAUAUGUCGUGUUCAGGGGUAUUAUUGGAAGCAGAUGUCUUAUUUGGAGGAGGGGGAGGGUCCACAUUUUACACAUUUAUGUUACAGUUACAGCUCAGACCGUCCGCUCACAUGUUUCCCUGACACACUUCAUCCUUCGAACAUCUGGAAGAGGUCAUCAGCUCGACAAGAAAGGGAUUUAAAGUGUGAAAUCAGACUUCUGCUUGGAGAAAAGUCCAGCUUCUCAUGCCUUUUGGGUAUUUUUGCACCAGACUGGUUGUUAUAUUUCAUCUCAGAUUGAUGUAUUUAGCAGUUUGGUUCAAACACACGUUGUUCUCUUAGAAUUUCUGUCAUUUUUUUAGGGUAUAGGGGGUGAAAUAAUGCAAGUUUGUUGCAGAGGAUAGUUGAAAAACUUUAAUGUAAAUUUUGCAUAUUACUUAAAGGUGGGGUAGACAGGAUACCGUUAAAGAAGCAUAUUUUUCAAUAUAACGAUAUCGCUGUGUUUUGUUUUGUAUGUGUAGUCGCCAUUUUAAUUUUUUUGAACAGUCCGCUCUUUCUGCCUCCCACAACAUGAUUGGUUAUGAGGCGGAAGCUGCUCCUCAGUGCUGAUUGGUUGUGAGGCAGACGUUGCUCUCUUGUGUUGUGAGGCACGCUCCAUGUCCUCGAUUAACGUUCAAGAGCCCAAACAAAGUUAGCGGUGCUACAAUAUUGGACAGUAGAAACCAACCAGAAGGACAGAAAAUUGUCUGAAUCCUCCUUUAGCCACGACUGCCAACACAAGCAAGAAAACAAAGUAAAUACCAGAGACUCUGGCGGAAUAACGGGCGCUUAAAAAGGAGGUAGACCACCCAGACAAGAAAAAAAGCCGGGUCAACGUCAAUGAAGCUAGCAUAAACGACGGGGGACGCUUUGGGAUCUUCGUGACCCUGUAACCUUUCUGCUGGAGGUAAACCGCUUUAACAAAGUAAGCCAAGUGUCUGUAACAGAAGUGUUUCUUGUCAAACGGGACCUGCUGUGUGUCGUAGCGCCACUAAACUGUUGACCUCGGGUCCUGGACUAUGUCACUUUAUCCUAGUUGUAGAAGUCCUGCAAACUUUGUGUUUGCUGUUAGUCUGUUGGCAUCUACAGUAGCACCAAUUGUUUUUACUUUCACGUUGACUGGGCCCCAUUUGUAAUUAUCUGAAGUAUUUAUCUGCAUUAUAUCUGAAUUGAAUUGAAAUAAUACAAGCGAGCAGGAGCGUCUGUUUGUGGGCGGGGCUUGCUGGAGCAGAGAGGAAGGGGAGGAGCUGAUUGGUUGGGAGGGGUAUUGUUUUCAUUCAAGAUUUCUCCCAAAAACUGGCACUUCCUCAGAUCCUGCCUACCCCACCUGCAUUUAAAAAAGUUUAAAGCAGGCUUAUAACUUUGAAAAGAAGACUCUAGUUGCCAUGUUUAUGUGUGUUGUGGUACACUACAACAUGAUAAUCUCAUUAAACUUGUGAAAUUGAAGACGUUUCCUGCUUCUCAGCAUCACUGGAGCCGGUCUUGACUUUUUGGAAGGAUGUAAACUGUGAGAUCUUGCACCCACCUUACAUUUUUUGUCCAUCUUUCAUUUUUAUUGGUUGACAGUUUGCAGCUUUUCCUCUGUGUAUUUCUUGUUGCUUCAGCAGUUGAAGUCGGUCAAUCAUUUCUGCAAGGUCUGGCUGCAGAUUGAGCAGCUUGAAUGUUUGAGUAAUCGUGAGGUUAAAGGGUCAAAGCCACAGUGCCUAGAAAGUAUGAAGUUAUGCAGGUGCACACACACACAUACACACACACACACACACACACACACUGGCCUCACCUGACCUGAAUCCCCAACGGCGUCAUCAGCAGGAACAUCUGAACCUGAUUUAACUGGAGAAGCAGCAGACACGCAGCUGCUCUGAGGGACCUGUAACAGAGAGGUCACGGGUUCAAUUCCCAAAUCAACCAGAUGCCACAGAGAAGAUUCUGAGACCAGAGGCCUGUACUACGAAGCUGGAUUUGAUCUUAGGGAGAUAACUUAUGGAAUAACUCCUGGGUUUUCGGUACGAUGAAGGUGGAUUUCUUUCUAUCCAGGUCUGUUGCCCCGGCAACUUACGCGGAACACCAAACCUGCUCUGGAGCAGGUUAUGUUUCAGGAUAAGAUCUCAGCAGGUAUAAAAGACUGCCCACUGACCUAUCAGAUCUCUUGGAAAAUGGCUUGCCCACUUGCCCCAUAGCUUGCUUGGUUUAAAUAUUGUUGGAGUUAUUUUAGGAAAAACUCAUUUUAAAUGUUCACUUCCUGAACCAAAAAUGUUGAAAAAGAGCAAAAGCUGUCCAGAAAAUAACAUGAGAGUAUGAUGAAGAUAGAAAUUAGAAGUAUGAAAACAGGAGUGUAUUGUAUUUUCACUCUCAGACAAAAACAAACCAGGUACCUGUCAUCAUGGAUUAGCCAAAUUCUCCUUUCUUUUCCAUGCACCUUAUCAGAAAACUGUUUCAGCCUCUAUUACAGCACCUCUCUGCACCUUAAUAGACUACAGUGCAUCAAUUUCAUUUUAUCCCUGAAUACUCAGAUAACUGCUAGAUGAAACUGAGAAACUGAGAGGCUGCAGCUGCAUAAAAGGCGAGUUAGACAUGUAUACAAGACCUUUAAAGUGUUUCUGCUUUUUCUCUAAAGAUGAAGUGUCAGGAUAAAUCCCAUAAAUGAUGCAUGAAGCCCUUCAGAAACUCUUAUGUGUUUUCUUCCAACAGAAAGCAGAAGUAAAGAUGAUUUACAGUUCAUCUCUCAGUUCUGACUCCUACCACACAUCCACAGAAAUCUUUGUUUCCUCUCUGACAUCAGUUUUCUGACUCUGACAGGAGUCUGCUGUUUUGUCUGACUGAGUCACAAACACGCAGGAAAAAGCAGUCAAGCUGUCCGCCGACCGUUUCUGUGUAUUCACAGGUGACCUAAUUUGAAAUGAGAGGUGUUUGCAGGUUCAGUUUGAGGCGCUCCACAGCUUCACACCUUCUGUGUUAAAAAAAUGAAAGCCUGUCUGUGCGGUGAACGUCUGGUUUGAGUUAAAGACGAGGAGCUGUCGGGUUUACUGCUGGUCACCAGAGUUCAGACACAGAUACAGACCUGCAGCAGAGCCAGCGAGUCAGUGUGUUUACCUCCUCAGACCGAAACCAAACAACCGGACAGCCUCUCUCUCAUUUAGCAACUUCACCUUUGUAUACUUUAUUUUAACCGCACAGAUAUGAAUACAAACAGCUCCUGAUGAUGACAAGAAACAACACCACUGACAUUUACAGUUAAAUCAAUGAGGUAUGUGUGAAAUGAUGCAGGUGAAGUUUGGGAACUGACUUUUAUUCUUAUAAUCAAGCAAGUUUCUCUGACUCAACAGUGUUAGUUUAGUAAAGAGGGUGGCGCCUCCAUAUUUUAAUCUUAAUUUCAUCUGCGAAUGUAAGUUUAACAAGUAGAGCAUCUAGUAAGAAAACAAUCACCUCUUUGAGUCCUUUAAGGACAACAUCUAGAGCAUCAGGAAACUCUAGAUGCAGCUAAAAGAGCAUUGGAAUAAAUAAUCUGCAUUAGUAAUUAAGAUGCACAAAAAAAUCAACAUCUUGACCUUCUCCGCUCUCAUGGAUGCAAAAGAUUUUAGUUUUUUGGUGGUUUUCUGUAAACUAAUGUGACCUGCUCACAGAGGUGAAAUACUGCACACACUCUGUUAGUAGUGCAGUUAAAUAUGAGGUGAUAAACAAGCUCUGCUGACCCGGUUGCCAGGGCAACAGCAGAUGGAGCAGGCAGAUUCGGCCUGUGAGGAGAGGAGGAGGAAUAAUCAGCCAAGUGUUUAGUACAAAACCACUUCAUACCUGAACUUUAAGUGAGAGAUGAAAGUGUGAUGAGUGAGUGAGGUUUAUUUAUGUGAAAUAUAUUCAUCAGUCGCGUCUCUAUGAUGAGUUAAAAAAGAAAACAACAAGAGACGGCACCAUAGGGCAUGAACCUGAAAAAACAGGCGCUCCAGUCUGUGUCCUCUCUCUCUAUCGUUUCUCUGUCUGCAAUCUCUCUCCUUCUCUCCCCUGUUGUCAUCUGUUGAUCCCAGCUGCUGCAGCACUGAUAGACGUCAGUACACAGGACAUUUUUAGCCUCAAGUUUAUUUGUAAUACUCAACGGGACAUCAGACUUUCUCUCUCUGGAGAAAACAACCAUUUCAAGAAUGUUGUCAGGUGUUUAAGGAUCAUUCUUAGGUUUAACUUUCUUUCUGCUCCUUUUCAGCCCCAAACCUCCGCCUCCUGAUGGCGCCAAGUCAAACCCGUCCAAACGCCACCGAGACCGUCUCAACGGGGAGCUGGACAAGCUCACCAGCCUGCUGCCGUUCACAGAGGAGGUCCGCGCUCGGCUGGACAAACUGUCGGUGCUGCGCCUCAGCGUUGGAUACCUGAAGGUCAAGAGCUUCUUCAACGGUGAGCGUCUGAAUGGGGACACGUUUUCAUUUCUGUUUAUUUCAGUUCAGACAGGAAUUCGACACGAGGAGCGACAUCCUUAAUCGGUGGCAGCUGGUGUGUGAGAGGAUGUGAUAUUGCUGUGGGAACAGGAUGCAGACAGAAACCUGUUGAAUGAUAUUGUUUAUUUUUGCUGUCGAACCCUGAUCAUGCCAUGCUCUCUGAAUCCUGGUGACAAGGUUGGACCACUUACCGAAAUCCAGGCCUAUUUUAGAAAACAAGAUUCAGCACAUUUUGGCAGUCCAGGUCCUGUAACUGAAUAAGCUGUUGGAUAAUUUCCCUUUUUUCUUAACCUGUUUUGUCUUUAGGGCAACAAAAUACGCGCUCAAAGCAUCAUCCUGAGGUUAUUUAGGUCUUAAAGUUGGCGUUUUAAGUUUUAAAUAAUUGGAGAGAUGUUAUAUUGAUAAAACAGAGCUACAAGGCUGUAAAACUCAGGGGACUGAGAAUUUUCUGUCCUAAAUUCCUGCUCUAUUUUGAAGAUCUUAUCCUCUAAAUUUGAGCACUAACUGACACAGACUUCCAAGAAAAGUCAGAGAGGUGAGGUAUCAUCAGUCCUGAAUUCUUGGGUAAUAAAACAGCUCAUAUGCUGACUACGUCGGCUCGAUCAGGAUGCCUUUUUCGCUGGAAUCAAUCAGAGUUUUGUUUCGUAACAGUCCUGGAGGCCAAAUGUGCCAGAAACCUCAGCCGCUGGCGAGUAAUCAGUGAGUCACCGGCGUUGACUAAUAACCUGAUCAGACCCCUGCAGGUGUCUCUGUGGAGGAUUUGUUCUCUUCGAUGAUAAAAAUCUGCCCCUCUGCUUCUUUGAGCGUCUCAAAUCUGCAUGUUUUUAACGGUAAGUCAGCAGAGGCUCACCCUGUUGCCAAAGGAAACACUCAGCAGAGCUCAUUUCUUUGGAGUCAUCAAUUAUUUGGCAGCGUCGGUCACUAAGUGUCGGCUGAACAAAUGCUUUUGGAGGCCCGGCGCGGGUCUGGUUUCUGUCAGACUACACCCGCAGUGAUGGCCGAGGGCGUGAGCUCUCAUUGGUCCAUGUAGAGCUUUUUAUUUCACAGGAGAUCAGGACACGCUGACCCAGUUUGGAGGAAUUCAACUGUCAGUGAAAGUCCAGUAAAGCCAGAGUGACACCUUUCUGCAACUGCUUUUUAAACCUUUUAAAUUUCACGUUUUUGGGGGUUUUAGUCAAACUAAGACCUUUGAGAACAUCAUGGUGGAGUUUUUCAGAUGGAUCCAUUAAACCUUGAUAUCCAAGGGCAUCAGCAGGAGCAAAAUGCAACACAGCGUAAACAUGGAUGCACAUACGACUGUAAAUAGAGAAUCAUGUAAAAUCCUGCGUGCUAAUAUUGCUCUGAAAAGAUGAGUUUUGCACAAUUUUUCAAGCAAAAUAUGACGGUUGACUUCCAAAAUACUUUAAAUUAGUUAAAUUUCUCUUCAGAUGACAUUGAAAAACUUUUUUGAAUGGUUCCAGACAGGGAAUAAAACAAAUUUGGAGUCUUUAUACAACAGAGAUGGUAAAGAUAGAAAUAAGAAAUGCACCAGAGAUAAGAGGGGGUGAUGGAUAAGGUUUGCAGAGCUUAACUGCAGGAGAAAACAUGAGAAAAGUUUAACCGAAUCAGAAAUCAGAUUCUAACAUGAUGCAGGACCUGUCUUUGAGUAUUGAAGGUUUUCAGAGUCUGGUCACAUGACUCAAACAACUGAUUUUAUUGGAAAUACUUUCCGUUUCUCUUCCUCCUGCUCGAAGAAACCUCCAGAAAAGACUAUUUUUGUCCAAGUUCACUGUGCCUCUCCAAGCUUUCUCCCCCACCUCCCCUCACAUCUUGGCAGCUGAUCCGGCACCUUCCCCUCCCAGCGAGCCCCACCCAUUUCCUGUGGUGGCCCCUGCAGCACCCCGGGGCCCCCUUUUUCCUUCAACUGUUCAGCCUUUUCCUCAGCAGCUCUGAAGUUCACAGCCCGCCUCUCCGCAAUCCCCCGCCUCCCCCCACCUCAAACAAACGCUGCAGGAGUCCAGUUUGUUGUUACAGCGGGGAGGCCUGUUCGCACGGCAGGCCUGCACAGGGACAACUCGGGGCUUAAUGCAUUCAUGAGAGUCUGCAGCGCACCGCCGUCCUGCUGCUUCAAAGCUGACGUUUACGCAGCAUUUGAAGUGCAUUGUGGUGCAUGUGAUUAUCCACAUUGAAAGCUCUUUUAAGUCCUCAUUACUGCUGCUUUUGAGGUUUGACUUUUUCAUGAGAUAAUAACAAGUCUCUUUGUCUACCUGCAGAUGAAUUCAGGAAGAAAUACGGCCUUUGUCUGCUUUAUAUUAACCAGUCCUUGUCUGCUCUUUAUGAUCACCAGUUUUCUCAGCUCUGGCCUUGCUUACACCAUCAUACAUUUCCCUUUUAAAGACGUGAUAGACUUGUCUGGUUGCGAUAGUGCAGGGGAAACGACUCGUAUUUCUGAAAUCAAGUGUGAAAUUUAUCAGUAUGUGUCAGUCUUGCAGGAAACUCGCAACUCCUGACAGCUAAAUUUGCACAAGUAGGAGUUGAAGCACAAAAUUGAGCCAGUAUAUGAGUCACCAAGUCUUCCUCUCUGCGUCUCUUUCUGAUAAAAUCAUACGACAUUAACAGCAAGUUGAUUAAAUUGAUGUUUAAUAUAGCAGUGAUACUGAAACUUCACAGACUUUCACACACCCACAUAAACCUCAGUCUGAGCUUUUCCCAAGAUGGCAUCUGGAAAAUUUGAUAUGUUCUCAGUACAAAAGUCCAACACAUUAAAAAGUAUAAUAUUAAGAUCAUUAAAUAAGUUUUUAUUCACAGUUUAAAAGUUUAAAAAAUGCCAAACAGCAGCCUGAAAGCUGCAGAUCUGGGAGCUUUAGUUAAACCAGAUCUCAGACGUGAAGGUUUCCUUUGUUUUCUCCUCCGUGAAUCCGUCCACAGUCCUCCAACUGGGCUCUGUGCUGCUGAGGGUGUGUGUGUGUGUGUGUGUGUGUGUGUGUGUGUGUGUGUGUGUGUGUGUGUGUGUGUGUGUGUGUGUGUGUGUGUGUGUGUGUGUGUGUGUGGCCUCUGUGCCGUCCAGACGCUGAUGGCUGCAGGAGUUCUUCAAUUAGAUUAUUCUUCAUGAGGAACUUGGACAAACCGCAGGACUGCCGAGGCUGAGAGAGUCCGCUGUGAGCCAACAAAGACCAGCAUCCUCCACCGUCACAAAAAAUCCACACAAACUUAACCAUCUGACCGUCUUUAUGCCUGAUUCCUGUUGCAUCAUGGGACAUUUUGGCGAGCAGAGGAGUCAUUUUUUAACAGAGCCAAUGGCGCUGAUGGUGGAGAUGGCGGCUGUGGUGAAUCCCUCAUUGUGAUCGUAGUGCAACCAAAAAAAAACAGAGGCUGUCUGAUGGUGAAUUUCCCAGCAUGCCUCUUUGUGAACAAAGAUGACCCGGGAGUGCAAAGGCUCAUUUGAAGGCCAGGCCGUCUGGUCGCUCUGGCAGGAUGUGACUGAGAAAGAAGCACUGUGUGUCCGUCCUCCAGAUCCAGAUCCCUCCAGGCUGCGCCACAGGAUGGACUCAGGGGCUGAUGGGAAAAGCCUGAGGGUUCGAUCCCAUGGUCGCCGCUCACAACAACGGCUUUGUUCGACACUUUCUGAAGCAGGAACCGCUGAAGUGCAGACACAGUCCUCCAGUUUUUGUCCAUCAUGGUCUGUCUGUCUCUGCGGUCUUUGAUUCUUUGACUCCAGGAAGAGAAAAAAGUGUCACUGCUAAAAUUAGAAAUAACGUGAUCUCUUCAUUUGUUCUGUUAGUGUCCAUCCAUAUGAGAAACUGGCAUAUGACGGUACUGUCAUGCAAAGUGCAGGGGCCUAAAAAUACAGAGCAACAACCGGGAGAUGCAAAAAAAAGGUCACAAAGAUAGAGAGACACAACAUUAUGAGAAAAUGCAGAAAUACAAACACAAAAAAGCAAAAUAACAGCAGAGGGACACAAACAGGAAACAAAACAACAACGAAUCCAGAAAAAGCACAAAAGAACACAAAAUCACUGUGACGAAAACAACCAAAAAGGUCCUGCUAUGUUCGCAGAGACACAAAACAACUCGAGAAAAAGCACAAAAUAACCCUGAAAAGAGACACAACUAACAAGAACUACCUACCGAGUCUGCAAAUCAGGUAUCUGAACCUUGGCCAUGUGCUUUCCUCUUUACCCUGAUGUCUGUGCAUGAGUGAGUGUGUGUGUGUGUGUGUGUGAGUGAGUGUUUGAGCUUUUGCAUGUUCACCACUCGAGUGCAUUUUCCCUCCAGGGAUUUCUUCUCCUGGAAAGUGACACAAAGUAACCAAUAACCCAUGAAAGAUAGAACAAGGGCACAAUUAACGCAAAUUCACUAUUUAAAAUUAAGAGAGGGAUCAAAAGUGGUAAAAAACCAACAAAAAAAAUAAUAACAAACGCAGUUUAAGAGAAUAACCCGAAAGACUCAGACACACACAUAAUAACAAGACAGGAUGCAUAAUAGCGGCAGAGAGACAAUAGACAUCCUGAAAGUUACAGAAAGAUCCACAAAGAAAAAUAAAACUGUCAUCAGUUGAUUCAACGCUCAACUAGAAAGAUAAAAUAAACCCAGAGAGGAAGAAACUAAGUUCAGAGAGAUGCAAAAUGACCUGAAAAGAAGAGCAGCAGGCUGGGAUGUAAAGCAGGAUUAAAGACGUCUGAGACGUCUAUAAAGAGACAAGGAACAACUUAGACGAUGUAAACGACAUGCAAAGAAAGACGGUCUCUGUGUGUGCUUUCCCAUAAUCCUGCUUUGUUAGCGCUUUACAUCCAAACUGAAGGAUUACAACAGGAAUAGUCGUGUGAUUUCAAACAUGAACUGGAGACAAAGCAGCUCUCUGUGAGGGAGGAGAUGUUUACCCGGCUGAAACUCACCUGAGAGGUAACGACAGGUGUUAGGAGGAUGUUUGUAAUGAAAAAAAGACAAAAAUCAAAGACAGGAUGAGAAAAUGUCAGCUGAUGAUCCAUGUUUGGGUGUAUUAUUGAGCUUCCUGUGUGUGUUUGUGAGCGCUCUGGUGAUUUUGAGGUUUUGUUGCUUUUUUCCAGUCUGGAUGUGUUUUGUUUUUUCUAUCUGAACUCUCAUUGUUGCUGCUGAUGAUGAGGCCCCGGCAGAGCAGAUUUCUGGCUGUGGAGAGUCGUAAUUUGUGGUCUUAUAAUAGCUCGGCUGAACUUCCCUCCUCUGCCGGGCCUCAGGAAGCACACACACACACGCACACACACACACACACACACACUGGCGUACAUGCCUGCGUACAGGCUUUUCUCUUUGUUACACAUUCAGUAUUUUCUUUCGCUCUGUUCAUACGUUUUCCAGAUGUGUUUGCAGCCUCAGAGAGGGAAUGCUGGAGGUCGUUGAACUUUCUCUAGUUGAGCCACAGGACUCUAAGCAUGACCUUUGACCUGUUUAAUGGUCAGUGAUGGAGAUGCAGGGUUAUGUGCAGCAAAGCCUGGAGGCCUCACAGGUUACAUGUGUUUUUUUUUUCAGAGUGGGGCUGAUGUUAGCAGAGAUCGGUUAUCAGGACUGUCUGCAAAUGGUGUAAAUAGUGGAAAAGUGAACAUUUUGUGUGUGUGUGUGUGUGUGUUUGUUUGUUUGUUUGUUUGUUAAAAGACAAAAGCAAUCGAUAGUUUCUGUAAUUGUCCACACAUUUUGUUUGUGAAGAGAGUAGAGAGAGACACAACAAAAGUAUGAGAUUCCUCCUUUUUCGCUCUUAAACCGUAUCUAAAAGUCUUCAUACUGCAGCUUUUCACUGUAAAACGGCAUGUUGGACGUUUCCUCCUCAAAAAUUCACUUCAGAGUUUUAAAAAAGGAGCAGUAGACCUUUAAAACGUCAGUCUGACUAUUAUUAAGGAUCUCUUUUAUUGUAGAAAUAGUUCAUAAAUUCAGGAAUGAUGGGAGCAUUAGCUUCGUCUCCAUUUCCUCCCUCUGCUGUUUUCCCUUCUUUUUGUCUGACAGGCUGAUCCGAGGUGUCAGCAGACACAGUGCAGGGUCUGUGUUUUCUUCUUUUGGUUGUUUGUUCUGGUGUGUUCAAACACAGCGUGGACUUGUACCUGAAGAUACGUCUGAGUCCUGCUGCAUAUCCUCCGUCUGGCAGGAGUCCCGAGCCGACUAACUGCCGUCAGGAAGCAGAUGCUGGUUUUUCGUUUGGUGGGACCUGAGGCGAAACUGAAGGCCAGCUGCCGUGGAAUCCGGCCGAGGGUUUGGGUCAGGGAAAGUUAGGGAAAGUGUUUUCCAGUUUUAUUAAGUAGUGUCUGACUCUUACGGUCCUUGCAGGAGCUUGAGAGGCCUGUUGCUGCAGCGAGAUGCAGAUUUGUUUUUGUAGUUGAUGUUUCUCUCUUUCUGUGUUUGAAUAAAGAAAUCGAGCGCGUCCGUUCCUACAGUGCAGAGGAAGAGGAUAAAGUGAGAGAACUGGUUUGUGUCUGUGGAGUCUGAGCAUCAAUAUUUGUAUUGGCAAAAGAGAAAAAACCUGACGAGAGGCCUUGAAAACUGCGACAAACCAGUUCUGACAGCUCAGACAAAAGUGGACGAAAAACAGACGAGAAAAGAAAAUAAAAGAAGAGAAGAGAUAAGAGAAGUGACAAUGAGCCUUUCACACAGCAGAGAGGUGUUAAUGUAGCACACAGAGAAUUGCUUUUGUUUGCUAUCAUUGUUGUGGAAUGAGUCCUGGAAUAGGUCCUGGAGAAGAUCCUGGAAAAAGUCCAGCAAGCCUGAUGAGAUAACAUCAGACCUGCAGACCCUCUGCUCUGAGGAUCGCAGUCAAAACAGCAGACAGGCGGUCAUGUAGGAACCUGCCCAGGCAUCUGGGGAACACCACAGUGUGUGUGUGUGUGUGUGUGUGUGUGUGUGUGUGUGUGUGUGUGUGUGUGUGUGUGUGUGUGUGUGUGUGUGUGUGGAUCUCUGGGUAAUGUAGUCCUCAAACAUAUUGUUCUGUUGGGUAAAAGUCAAGCUGCUGCCGAUGGUGGACAGACGUUCAUUGACAUCCUGCAGAGUGCCAGGGUCGUACAUCUCCACAUCCCUAUGUCGCUGAGCCCCUUAAGUCGGUGCCAGGCAUCACUAAUCGAUCACACAUGUUCCUCUGUCCUAUCAGUGACAUCAUCUGUCUCUGGUGGGCGCUCUUUGUUUCCGUGCCAUGCUGUUGUUUCUGAGCUGUACUCCUUGUGCAGACAGCCUGGCUCUCUCUCUCUUUCAUGUGCUCACUGACUAAACACUUACUCAUCUUUUACCCAGCAUGCUCCGCUCCUAACACAGAGUCCAGCUCCACCAGAGAGCGGUAGUCGUAGUAAAAUCUGUUUAUGUUUUUGUUUAUUUCACUUGGGCAAGACUUCAGGUGAGCCUCGUAAAGAUUUUUUUUUAUCUCUGACAUGCAAAUUCGGUGUUUUGCAUCCUUGUCUCGCUCAGCUGUCCUCACAGACCUCGCACAGACAGAAUGACAAACACAGAGCGGUGAAAAACAUGUUGUACCUGAGAGGAAGCAGCAUGAGAUGAGGUGUGUGUCUGUCAGCGAGAGCAGAAACACGCCUUCAGAUUAUCAGUCAAAGAGUCUGGGUCUGUGAUCCUGACUGUAAAAUGCAGAUAAAUGUUGAAAAACUGCUCAAAAAAGGCGACACAAGCUUCUCUCUUUCACUUGAACUUAAACCAGCCCAUGUGCAAACUCUGCACAGAGGUCACAGUAGGCCAAACGGCGUUCGAGACGCCUUUCAGCAAUGAUAAUAAGUCUGUUCAAGCUUGAACAGAGAGACAGUAAUAACCCAAGAAACCACACGGCACAUUUAACCAACACCAAAACCCAGCAGAGACUUCCUAUUCAGUCUGUGCGAGUUUGUUUUUGUUUCACGCUCUCCACGCUUGGUGGUUAAUGAUGCUACAGCGGAGAAGUAAUGACAUGAAUGAAUGAAACGACAGAUUUAUAAAGAAAUCAAACAGCAGGACAGACCCAAAGAGAGCCAAAGUCUCAGCUCAGAGGAUUUCUGUUCAGACUGGAACUCACAGCACAGCUCCACGUGCUCCUUGGUAAAUCGGGGGAAACCUGUAAAACACGUUGACUAAUCUCUCCCCUGUGUCUUACAGGAAGUUAUGUUUGUCAGAGGAAGUCAGGGCGGGAGGAAGCGCCCGGGGCAAAGUCGUGGCGGAGAGAAAAAGGUGUCUGCUAACCUCUGAUCCAAACAAACGGGACUAAUAGACGGGUGUUGUUGAAAAAGGACAGGACAUGAUGUGCUGUGAGUCUGCAGGCAGAGAUGAAGUCCAGUAUGAGGCUAAAUUAGACCAGAAAAGAUGGUGUGUGUAGUCUUGGCUAAAAUCGGAGCACAGAAAGCCUGCAGGAUUUCUCCCCAAUCGAACCCGACAGCUGAUUUCAAUCUGGAGCCACUAAUUAACAGAACGAGCCAAAUGAGCCGCCGGUUGUGGUGAAUCGUGGGCAGACACUCGCCCAGCUGCUGCACACGACUGCACUGCAUGUCGCUGUCGAUUUCCAUAUGUCCAUCUGACAGUUUGUGAUUGAAACCGUUGGUUGUUUCUCGGAGGCAGCAAUCAGAGUUUUGAGGGAUACUUUUCACCAUUGUUCCCUCUCAAACUGGUGGGGUUUCCUGUGCAGCCUGCAGUCAUGUCCCCACUCUGGGUCCAACAGUAAAGGUUGAGUUUAAUGCGUUUCCUCAGAAGACCUCCAGAACAAAGGUUCCUUGAAACCAGAAGCUCUGAUCUUCGCAGGAAUUGACGUGUUUGUGAGCGAUAUCUGGAGCAGAUAUGAAACAUUGACAUAGCUAGGCAACUGUUGGCUGCGUCACCCUCUGACUAAAUUUGUGACUAAUUUGACCGCAGAAUGAGAUGGAUAGAGAUUAUUCACAUUACUGGUAAUUAAUGACAGCAGCAGGAAUAGUUUCGGGGUCAGCAGCUGACACUCCAACAGGCUCCGAUAAGCAUGAAGUGAUUUUAAAGGAAGAUGACUCUUUGUUUUUUUCUUCGAAACUCUGACCACCCAGGAUUCACACUCAUCACCUCUCUGCAGAAUCAGGGAACAAUGAGUCAGGCAGUUUGAGCCUCUUAAAGUCAAAUAAAUAAAGUCAGAUAAAUAUUUUCAAACACUUGUCUCAGAGUCAGGCUGAAAAUAAAUGACUCUCCUGGAUUUACUGCAGGAAUCUUCGGCUGUUUGCAGUGAUUAAUGAUUUAUUUAGGAGAGAAACGCUAAAAAGUUCUUCUGAUGGUGGAAGAUGAAUCUCCACGUCUUCGUCAGAAAAUAAGAAAAAAUCCUCUCAGUCGAAUCAGACGUUUCAUGAUCUCACUUUCCUCGGAGGAACAAGCUGCUUCCUGACUCCACUUCCUCUUUAUUGACCCAAAUCCUUGUCUCAGAGUCAUCCCCCCUCUCUCUAGAUAAUCUGGGCCCUGAUGAUAGACGGCCCUUUUUAUGUAACCGCAAGAUCCAGCCAAGAGCUGCGAUCGGUCAGAGACACAGACGUCCAGGGAUGACGAUAAGUCACAGAAUAAAAGUUAGAGCAGAAGAAAGGGAGUGUUUCAUUAAUCCUCAUCAGUGUCUUUGACUUUUAAAUCAUAGGUUUUAUGUUUUGGUUUCUGCAGCCGAUCUGUUUGAGAUUUCUGACAAACUCAAAAAUCUUCCACCUCCGAAAACUGGAGCAGAAAAAUAACCUGAGCAAGAAAAAUCUCAUCUAUAAACAAUGCUGAUGUUUCCUUUGAUUGCAGUGGUUAAACCGUUUGUGUUUAUUGUCAUUACACAUUACUUUCUGUAGCUUCUUAAAGCAUGCAUUAGAUCCUAGAUAACGUGCAUCUUGCAGUCUUGACUGAAAGAUUUUGCACGAACCAAAGUUUGUUUAAGGAGAGUUUCUGCAGAGCCACAAAGCUGCAUUAGAUAAAACAAAAGAUGUAGUGCAACGGACUUUGAUAUGCAACAGAAACUCUGCAAAACUAAUCCCUAAAAGAGCUGGAGGCAGGUGUUUUUGUUCGGCUCUUGAUGUUAAAAAAUAAGGGCUCAGCUUUCAGUCACAGGUGGAUUUUGGUCUUUUCUGAGUCGUGAGAAGCCCUGACAGAAAUAGAUCCUGCAUGUACGGAUGACAGAGCUGCAUCCAAUCAACAUGUGUUUUUGAAAUCAUCCAAAUUAAACAGUAAUCAGUCUUAACUUGAACCCACAGAGUCCAUUACAUAAUAACACAGGGUCUAGAGUAAAUAUGACCUCAUCUGAAGGGCUGCGAGCCACAACAUGUGGGAAAGAAAUGAUCAUGCAGCAAAAACAGGGUAACAUAUAAACCCUGAGAUGAUGCUGCUUUAGAGUCUCAUGGAUUCUGGCUGUUUUUCAGCAGACAUUAGAUUCAGCGUCACUUCAGCCUGUCAAAGUUUUCAUGUUUCACAAAUAAGUGAAUGUUUGUUAGCUGGAAAAGCAAUGACAUUUUUAUGCAUGGAAACCAACGUGAACAGAAGUCCGUUUUUUGGCUUUUCUGCAGGGAAAGACUCCUGAAUGAUGAGUUUGUUUCUGUGGUGGAUAAAAAACAGAUUUUUAUUUAGCUGUGAUUAUCUCCCUGCAGCUCAGUCCUCUGCUUUUUCUCCCCACAAAGACAAGCUGCUGAGUAUUAAGAUUAAUUUUCUUUGCAUGUGGUAUGAAGCAUCUUUGAAGAAACGUAAUUUGAUUUAAGAGGCCAGAGAUGCGUUUAAAUUCCCUAAAUGUCGACCAGCAGCUGCUAAAGGUCACCACCUGUUUUUGCACUCUGUGAUUUUUGCACACCCGAGACUCUUCAGAGCAGUAAAUCUUAAUUCAGCAUGUGUGGAAACCAGUGGCUGCUAAUGUGACUGGCUCAUGUUUGUAAGACUGUAUGGUGUUGGACGAUCCACCCAUAGCUGUCAAGUACCCAGCUCUGGCCGGGAAACUACCGUACUUUACUCCCUCUUUGGUUUCUGUGGUGUGUGUGUGUCGCCUAUCUUGUAUGGCAGCCAAUCAGGAGAAUGAGAUGGCGUGGCGUAAUUUGCAUAAAAGUGACAGAGUUCAGUUUGGAGAGGCAGGAUUUUUUUAUUUACAUAUUUUAUAAUACAGAAGAUUUAAGUGACAAUACUAAAACGUGAAGAUGGCGGUAAAGAGGGGUAAAAUACGGUAGCUUCCCGGCCGCCAAUUAGGGGUUCGUCCUCGUACUUCUUUUCCUCGCUUUUUGCUCGGUUAAGUUUUGGCAAUUUUUUCUUGGUGUGUGGUGAGGUACGUAAGAAGCGUAUAGUGUUAAGUGUUAAGUACUACUGUAUUUAACCCCUCUUUACUGCUCAUAUUAGCAUUUUCCCUUAAAUCUCCUGAAUUACAAAAUAUGUUUAUAAAAAAAAAAACAUUAUUCUGCCUCUCCAAAUUAAAUUAGGUGUACCAUCUCCUGCCCCUGAUUGGACACUCCGGCAGCCAAUUGGGGGCUUGUUCUCAUAGUUUUAUUUCCUUCUAAAUUUUCCUUAUGUUCCAAACCAAAACUUGAAGGUAUGGAUCAUCCAUCUUUUGCGUAAAUUUGUUUUUUCUGGAGAGAAUGAAUCCUAGUUUGUGGAGAGUCUUUUAAAACACCAAAAGGAGCAUAAAUCAGCAAACCAGGAGACCAUCCUGGUUAGUGAAGGUGAAAUCUUGACGUUAGGAGUGAUCUUGUGCGGCUGUUUGAAGGUCUGGGACUCCCCCUGCUCUCGCUCUGCACGUCUGGAGCUGCAGCGGCUCCGUGGUUUUAAUGACAGGGAAGUGAGUUUAGUUCGAUCUUUAUGGUGGAAAAUUACUGGCAGCCGCUCAGCCCCGCCUCCCUCCUCAUGAAUGAGAGUUUACAUAGGCAGCCAGGCAAGUAUGUGUGGCUCAUUAAGUGAACGAAGAGCUGCCAAAGUGCCAAAGAAGAAGGUUUGAUGCAGCAAGAACCUGAUCUGCUGCUCAACACCUCAGGUUACAGCUCCUGUAACAGCUUAGCUUUGAUUAUAGAAGAGUAAAUCAGAGAUAGAAACCUAACAUGUUCACUCUUUUCUCUUUUUUAUGCACGCAAUCAAGGGUUUAUAGUGAAUCUUUGACGUUUAUGAGUCUUCUGCAACACAGAGCUCGGCUUUGCUGCUGCAGGAACUUUCUGUUUCAACAAUUAAGUUCAAUUACAGAUUUAUGACAAAGACAGAGCCACGGAAUUGGUCAGGCAUUUUACAUUUUGUUUGUGCAGCAGGAGCUUGGAAAAAGGUUUAUUUAAAGUCCCGUGUAAUGUGCAUUGUUUCAGCAUUGGACACAGGUAUCUGUAAAUCAGGAAAAAAACACGAAUAAACCGAUUUAGAGACAAUUUCAAUUUGUUUUGUGCAGCAGACACUUGUGUCAGUGGGAUUCUUGCAGCAUCAGUUUAUAAUCCAGUUCAUCAGAUUGAAUUUGAAGACAAAUACUUCAGAGAAAAACAAACAGAAACUGUAAAUUCGGGAGAAACUAAACCCGUACAGAUGCAACUUUUAAACUGAUGCAUCGUUAAGUAAAUCCAGUUCAGAUGAAGUUUCCCAGUAAGUAAUUUGAGCAUUUACAUUCUUACAAUAUUAAGCAAAUAUGAUUUUAAUUUUAAUCCACAGCCUUGAGAGGAAAACUGUGCAGAUAUUUCAAUAAAGAGCGCUAAAAUCAUCCUGAUCUUUGUCUAAAGUCUCCCCCCCGCCUGACUUUUCCUCCACGCCACAGACUGAUUCAUGUUAAUAACUGCAGAUUUUCAUGUCCUCCAACUUUGGAAACUCGAUCCGCUGCAGGGAAGACAACACAGAUUAAAGUAAAUCUGAGCUGCAUUAAUGUAAUCAGCAGUUUACAUCGCUCUACAUCUGCUGUCGUCGCUCUCACUUUUUCCUCUUUUUCUUCUUUCCAAAGCAUAAAAACAAAAAAAAAAACCUGUUGAAGCAGAUCUCUCUAAACCCUCCUCCCUCGCCUCCCUCUCUUCCCUCGCUCCGUGUUUCCCAGCUGUCUCUGCAGCCGUUUCUGGGAAUAUUUUUAAUCUCUGAAAUCAAAGUUGUGUAAUUGAUAGGGAUAUGAGCCACAAGGUUAAAAAAAAAAAAGAGAACAGGGCCUGUUGGGCCAGGCCUGCAUCUCCAUCUCAAGCGCUUUUCUUUUUUUUGUCAUGUUUGUACAUCUUUUAAAACUCCCGGCUGUGAUCAGACGCCAAAAAGCAAAAGAGAAAAGAAAAAUAACCGUCCCCCUAAGCAGAAAGGUGUGAAGAAGACUCAGCAUGGCUUUAAUCUGAAAGUGAAGCUGCACGUCGUCUUGUGAAACACAGCGAGCAAAGUUUCACAACACGGCCUCCAGUCCUCUGAAUCUGUUUUCACUUCUCUAGUUUUAUUUUGAAAGGGGUUAGGGUUACAAACAUGACUUCAUUUUUAAAUAGUUUCUGAUUUGUUUGAUCGGUCCAGACUCAUGGAAAAGCUGCAGAAAUCAUCAAAUGUGAUCCUUCAAAAAUGACCUUUUGUUGUGGGUUCAUCUAAAGUUUGCAAUUUAAGAUCACAUUUAUCAUUUUAAAGCAGAAUAACUUCAAUAAUGUUCACUCUGGAAAAGUAAUAAAAGACCAACAAAAAAGUCAAACUAUCUCUUUACUUUGUAAUUAUGAGCCACAGGCGGCUAACAGUGAAAGUUUCAGCCCAAAAAACUGAGUCAGGAUAUUCAAAUCCCUCUCUGCAGGUAUUAAUGAUGCAGCCUUGUGUGUGUGUGCAUGUGUGUGUGGUUUACAGAAGAUAAUCCAGCUGUAGGUGUUGGCGUGUUGCUGCAGGACUCACUGUGACUCUCAGAAUCAACAUGUGGAUUAUCACAGUUUUUACAACCUGGAGAAAAAAUCAGAAUCCAGCAGUAAAUCCACACAAACGGAGCAGCGUGGUUGUGAUUGGUUCGACUGAUUUGAGGUCAGUUUGAUUUCUGCUGACAGAGGGAAGAGUUCAGAGUCACUCAGGUGGCAGAAGUGUAAAAAUUUGUGCAAAAAUCCCCAAAGAAGCAGGUCAGAUGCGUUUAAGUUGUACAAGGGUGUAUUAAGAAGCAUUUGCCUUUUUCUUGUGAGAGGACGGUGAGAAGGACAGAGCAGGAAACUGUGGAGAGAGAGGUGAUUGAGAGGAGAGGAUGGGGUCAAACCCUGGCUGUCCUUUUGAGGAUUAUAACCUUAGUUUAUGGGAGUCAAGCAGCACCAAAACUGAGUGAUUUAGAUUUUUUUCUCUCCUCUUUUUACCUGUAAACUAAAUCCUGUUUGGUUGUGAAUAAAUGGAGACACUUGAGGACCUUACUGAGAACAGUUUCCACCAAACAGCUGAGCAAUAAAUCCAGGAAAUGAUGGCGGGUUUAUUUAUGAUAAAAUUGAUGUGGUUGCAGCUCUGUUGGCGGCAGAAAACAAACAUUUAAAUGUGCCGAUUUGUUCAACAGUCGGAUAAAUUAUGACUUUCCCUCCUGCAGGAACAUCUGAGUGUCUCCUGCAGGUGGGUCUCUGCAGAGAAACUGCUCCUCUGUCGGUGAUGAGGUCCAUCUGGAUGCAGCCGAGAAUGAGCUCAUGUCUCGUCCCGCUUUUAAACGCCGCUUUCUCUCUCUCUCUCUCUCUCUUUCUCUCUCUUUCUCUUUCUCUCUUUCCUCCGGUGAUUCUCUGCUCCUCUCCUCUCUCCUUGUUUACAUACUUGAGCUCCUGCAGAUGAAAGAGGAGCCGGCGCCUCCUUCCAGCUGGUUCAGACAUGUCGGCAAACUGGCCUUCCUCGCCGCCGGGCCCAAACACCAAAACAAUGGCUGCGGUUGUGUAAUCGUUGUACGCUGUGCAGAGAGAGAGAAGCUUUAACCCUGUAAGGUCCUUGAGGAAAGAGAGCACAUGUUAGGAAUAAACACUGACUCUGCAAAACACAUGGGCUGCAUUCAGGGACCGUGGGUUAUUCUGACGAGAUGACGCCGCAGAAAACUGAGCGGAGGGGUCAGUGUGCUUCAGUGGAGUUUGUGCAGAGUAAAUCUGGAGUUAAAGCGAUCACAUCAAAAGUUUGCAAACAUCCCUGAAAAGCUGCAGCUCCAAAAACGGAUCUUUGGUCCUGAUUGAGAGUUUCUUUUGAUGCAAAGCCUUUACAUCUGGAUUUAGUGCAUGACGCCGACCACAAUCCUCGGAUCAUUUUCUUUGUAGUUUGUCAUCUCUGUCUCUAAAGUUAACAUUUGAUUUUCUUCUAUAUACUUCUAUCUUCUUCUGCGCUGAUUAAUACCUCUGUUUUUUGGAUUUCUCUCUCUCUUUCUCCGCUUCCUCCUUUAGUGAUGUCUUCUGCACAAGCUUCACUUAUCUUCUCUCAGAAUUUGGAGCAUUAUUGCACCAAAAAUGAAAGUCAGACCUUCUAGGACAUAAAUGUUGUUUCUGGUUCUUCAUCUUACUUUGUUUAAAACCUGCAAAAAUCUGUAAUUCUAGUAAGAAAUGCAAAGUGUCGGAAGACUGAGCAUUUAGCUCAAAACUUGAAUGCAACGUGACUGAAAGGGUGUAUGAAUGAAAGACGGUCAAGGUUAGUCGAGUUUGUUGCCUUAUGUGCAGGAACCAUUACCUUUAUUUCGCACAAGCUGUCCUUACUUUACGUACAAAGGUCCUGAGAAAUCCAACUGUAAAUGUACCUCUCUUGCAUGAGGAGGUCAAAGGUCAGAGCCUUUUUAUAGCAUGCAGCAGAUGUAAACAAGAUUUGUAAACAUGUUUGAGUGAGUUUUUUCCUGCAGCCUUUGAGUCUGAAUUCGUUUACAGCUUUUGAGCCCUUAACUCGUGCUGCAUUAAGGAGCAGUUAUCUCCACAAACACACACACACACACACACACACACACACACACACACACACACACACACACACACACACACACACACACACACACACACACACACACACACACACACACAGAUAUAAACCUGUCACCCCUCUGAGUCAGCUUAUCAUGUGUUUCCUCUUCAGCUUCAUGUAGCAGCAGCUGACGGAGCUCUCCGACCAUCAGCCUCCAUGUGUGCAGCAGCUCUCUGCUGCAGGUGUAUUUUUAGCUGUGUGUGGGGUUAGUGCAGAGCCAAAUAAAACCUGUCGCCCUCCCGAGUCGCUCAGAGGGAGAAGGUGAGAGAUUCCCCGACCCAGACGGACAGAUCCGGUGUCUCAUAUUUAGAGAUUUGGCUCAGGGGUGCAGGGCUCACAAAACCCCAAAACUGAUUGAAGGUCUAGACGUUUGCUUUGUCAUGCAUUUGUGUGUGCAACAUGCUGAUUUCGGCUUCAGAUGGCACUGAGGUGGUGGCAGUUUUUCAGAGCUGAAUUCAACAUCAUCAAACAUGUUGUUUUGUCCGACUGUAAACCUCAAAUUCAGAUUAUAACAAAGAUGUGACAGAAAACCAGUAAAUGUGAACAUUCAGGAGUUUUUGGGGAGAUGGUUUCAGGAUUAAAAAAAGUGACGUCAUGUUGAUAUUUAUGAGGAACCACAAAGUGUUUUCACUCACACACAAAUACAAACACUGAAGGUGAGAGAAAAAGUGGGUCUGCAGUAAAAUCUGAAUCUGAAUCUGAAUCUGAAUCUGAAUCUAAAUCUCAUGUGGAUUAUGAGGAUUUAAGAGGCAGUAAAUUGACUGAUCUCAAAGCUGUUUGCUGCGAUUCAGCAACAAUAUCUACAUUCUAGUUUCAUUUGUACUUUGUGCAGCUCGUCUCAUGGAAGCGUGCAUCUGCAUCGCUGAGAACGGAUGCAUAAAAUUGUUCUGUUUUAGAAAUAAAACAGCAUCAGCAUUUACAGAAGUGUGGAGAUAAUGAAAAUAGAUGUUCGCUUUGACUUUAAAAGGACUUUAUCUUUGUCCUUGGUGUUCUAAUUUCUCUCUUUCCUCUUCUUGCAUCAGUCUAGUUUUUGUUUGAUCAAUAAAACCACUUUAAACAAACUCCUGCAGAGUAAACUCGGAGUCCGUGAAGACGAAAAGGUGGAGAUGUCGGGGUUUCUUGAAGCGUUCCUGGCGUCCUCGUCUUUUCUCCUCCACUGUGAGUGUUUACUGAGAGCAAGCAGCAGUCACUCUCUCUCUUUCUCUCUAUCCUUGUUGAUGCCAUCCAGAGUCUCCGUCGCUGUGCUGGAGGAUGAGACGCUCCCUCCGGUCCCACUCUGGAUGUUUAGGUUUGGGGAGUUCUGUGGCGAGGCCGACUCAGAGUUUACGUUGGAAGAGGCUCCUUCCUAAACACCAUAAAUCUCUUUAGGAGGAGAAAAUCGAAGCCUGAUGUCUGUUGAGCAAUCAUAAUUAAAGAAAAGCUUUCGGCCCGUCCUGUGAGUGAUGCUCCGUGAAGUGAGGAUGGCUGCAGGCUCGUAAAGUUGUACUUUGAACUGACUUUGGCAGAAAAGGUGUCCCUGCUCUUCAGAUAGUGGUUCAAAAACAAAGCAGCGGUUCAGGGAGUUCAUGUUUCUGCGUUUCCACUCUGGACUCUCAGGGGUUCGAUUUCGUGACACAAAGGGAAUACUUGGGUCGGUUUUCAGAGCCGCAAACAAAUGGAAAAUGCCCCUUUUUCUUCUGGUGGGCUUUGGCAUUUCAAGAGGAAAUACUGGAAACACACACAGCAGAGUCUUCUUCCUUCUGCAGUUUGAUUUGAAACUUAAAUUCAGAAAUAUGGAAGAAGUUACAAUAGAGAAUAAGACUUUAAUUCAAGCAAACACAGAGAUGGGCAUGAAAAACCACAAAAGUGGAUUUUACAAAGUUUCAAAUAAACCCAAGAAGACAUUUCGCCUUACACUGCUCGAGUACUGCUGUACUUCAAAGUGAAAAUACACGAGUCAUGACAGAGUCUCAGAUAUUUCACCUGCUGUUUUUGAUUUGACCUGAAAGAAAUGACAUUUUUCAGCCAAACCGUGCAGUUUUUCUCAUUUGCAUGCAUCAAUCUGUGCAGGAAAGUGGCUGAAGCAGUAAUAGAUCUAAAUCAGUUAAAAAGGAUCUUUGAAUUUUAUGAUUGCACAAGUCUUUCUUCACCAUUUAUGUAAAUUUUUAGUUUGCACACGUCUCACUGUUUCUGAUUUUUUUGUAUUUCAUGUCUUAAAACAAACUCCAAACAAAUUCAGGAGUCUUGUAUUCAUUUAUUUAUCUGCUCUCUUCUAUGAGUAGCAUGUCUUCAACUCGAACCUCUUGCUAACCUUUGAAUCCUGCUGCUUAUCCUCAGGUAAUGAUUCUUAAUGAUUCCUAAUGAUUCUUGUUUUUCUUCUUUUCCAUGUCUGAUGACUUCGUCCUUCCUCUGCACUCACCUGACACAGGUAAGAUGAGUUUAAGUUUUAAUAUUUUCUCCCUCUCAACCACCCUGAGCGCUGUAGUCUGUAUUCUGUAUUCUGUCGGUGAGAACUGUUACUUUGACUUGGAGUAACAUUCCUCUUGCGGACGUGCAGACACAAACCCACCUGUCCUGUUUGACUGCAUUCAGCUCACACCGUGUCCUCACCUGUGCUGUUAUUAAAGCAACAACAUCACCGUGCACAAAGACCCAGAACAACAACCUGCUGCAGAGUGAUGCAUGAUGGCUUCCUCUCACACAGCUUCCCCUGAGUGUUGAAGCUUUUAUAGUCUCCGAGUUUUCAGACUGAAAUACCAAAACUGCAGAGCAAAAAGAACAGAUUCAGUUUGUGUUUACAGGCUGCAAACACUGAAAGAGAGAUAAUCAGCGAUAAGAGCCUGUUAUAUGACAGAAGAAUUCAGUGUGACAGAGGUCAUUGUGUCAGUUUAAUGACCUGUAAUAACUCCAAAUAAUCCGCAGAAUUUAACUGAGUUUUAUACAAAAUUUAGAUCGAAGCUUGCAUCUGUUUGUCAGCAGUUAAAGAUUUGGACAGUCUGAGUGAUAAUAGUUUUACAGAUAUCAAAGUUAGGAGGCAUUCAUUGUUUUUACAACAUCACUGAAAUCAAAAGUGUAAGCAUGUUUUCCAUUGCUACCUUUAAAACUGAAAUAAAAUAAUACGGAUGAAUAAUAAGUGAGGAUUACAAAGUCCGAUCUCUUUCAUCUCUGCUGCUGAUUUCCAUUUAUGCCCGUCACCUAAGUUUUGUAACAUUUAGUCAAUGAAAAGUGCUGAAAAUACGCUUGUGGUUGAAGCUCACACAAAGUGUUGUGAUAUAUGAAGAACAGGGGGUUCACAACUUCCUGUUUAGUGGUGUUUUAUAUGUGGUACCAACCCUGUGCCUUAUUAAGCGUCUUACAUGAUAUUGCUGAGUUCUCAUGCAUUAUCUUUGCUUGAGCAUGAAGUACAGAUGUUUCGGGGCUGAGCUUCACCUCACCUUGUUUCUCAAAUAAGAAUCAGCUGAGCGUCUUUGUGCACAGUUUGAAAAACUUUGCAGCAGAUUUGUUUCACCAGGCUGCAGCUUUAGAAACUAUAAUAAACAAGCUUUUAAAAUUAAGAGGGAAGGAAAUGAUUCAGUUGCAGGUUUCAGAUGCAACAGAAAAAGUAACCUCAACAUUUCUGUGUGUUUUUCUUUCUCCUCUUGAGUAUCAGACAUCAGAUGUACUUUACUGAUUAUCUGGUAUCUUUGAUUUAAUCCGUUUUAGUCCUUAAACUCAGCACUGAGUGUUCCUCCUAAACUGCAGUCUGCAGCUGUUUAAGUCAAAGUGACUCACUUCGAUCCAAACAGGGAAAAACUCUGAGUUAAUUUAUGAGAUUUGCUUGUUUCAGGUUUUUCCAGACUGUUUUUCUCCCAGCGCGAUCAGUCUGAUGAUAUCUAAUAUGAAAUAAAAGACAAAUAUUAGCUUUGUAUAUCAGAUUUCCGUGUUAUUCGCAGGUGUGCAGUCUGGAUUUGAUUGCGUUGGAGGCUGCAGGGAGCGAGCUGUCCGAUAUCUCCUCCUCUAAAACAUCCAGCUGAGCUCUCUCACUCUGGGAUGUCAGGGCAUUUUGCUUCUAGUGAGCGAUAAAUUCAUCCUGCCUUCAAUUACCCAAUCCCACAACUUAAAGCUGUUUGUUGGAGACAUUUACACAAACUCUUCUUGAACGCGUGACAAACAGAAAGUGUGUGUUCAGAUUCGUGAGGAUUUACACACUCAUGAGGCCUCAGAGAUCAUAAAUAAACUCAAGCAUGCACAUCGUUAGGAAUCUGUGAUGGUGAAGUUUUGAUUCUAAUCUGGACAAUCUGAUCAUGUUUACCCACUCUGCAAGCUUCACUUCCUCCUGUUUUCAUCCGCCUUCACUCAACCUACAUCUCUAAAUCAAUCUGCUCAGCAUCAGUGGAAAGAGCGAGCUUUCAUUUGCAUAGUGUUUGUGUGUGUGUGUUUUACCACAGUGGGAGCGUAGUGCUACCACUUCCGCCUUGUUGCACCCGCAGCACGUGGCUCCAUCUUUGAAAAGAAAGCAGCUUUUAGGGUUUUAAAGUUGCAGGCUGCAGCGUCAACCAAACCUCACUGCAUAAAUGACAGUUUAAUUUGCUCUUUAUUUGCUCCUUAUGAAAUCUUGACCCGUGCUCUGAACUCUGUCUGUAGGGAAACAGGACGAAUUUUGUGAAUGACUAUGAAUGACAGUUUGUCACUUCAGCUCUAAACCUCUAUUCCUCUGCUUUGACUCGUUAGUCUACCCAGUUUAAAAUGAGUUUUUUUUUGUAAUGGAGUUUGGUAGACUCAUACCAGAGGUUUAAAAUCAGCAAUCCAGGGUUAAUUUUAUCGGUUGAUGUAAUCUUCUCUGGGUUUUACCGCCUGCAGCCGCCGAGUACGUGGCAGGAAGCUGUUGAGGUUGAGCGGGUUUUCCUCUAAAUCACUUUACAGCGUUUUCUUUGAAAGUCUCCAAAAUCCAACAGAAAAUGAGUCAAACCAAGAGAUGAGCUAGUUUGAAUUGAGACUAAUUUACUGACUGGUUUACCUGUCAAAAGAUGGCUGGGUUUGUCUCCGAAAACCAAUUCACCGGCUGGUUUCUAUCUGGUUAAAAAUGUUAAAUUAGUUUACCAGCUGGUUUACCUUCUCAUUGUGUUGCUUAGUUAUUGGCCAACUUGCUGCUCAUUGACAGGCUAAAAUGUUUGACCGGAUGGCUGACUUAGUGACUAAUUUGUAAACACUGUACCUACAGAUUAUCCAGAUGUACAUGAUGUCUGAAUAACUAGUUAACUUAUGUGUUUGGCUGCUUUUUACAGGCUGUUUUUAUGACUGCUAUUUUAGUAGUGGUUGUAGUUACUACUUCACUGACCAAUCCACCUGCAGAUUAACUAGCUGGUUUUUUUUUAGCAACUCGCUGUCUAUUGGACUUUUACCUCAUGCAAUGGCAGUGCAACAGGUUUGCUGGCUGAUUGACUGGCUGGCUUUUCAUGGCUGUUUUAUAUAAGCUAAUAAAAAAGUUUCAUAAUCUGUGUUACUAUGUGUGUUGGAGGCGAGAGAUAUCAGAAACAAGUGAGAGAGAUGGAGAGAGAGGAUCUUUGGCAGAGGAAACUUAUCACUUUGACGUGAUCAGACACACACACACACGCGCGCGCAUACGAACACACACACGCACACACACACACACACACACACACACACACACACACACACACACACACACACACACACACACACACACACACACACACACACACACACAGAGUCUGCAGAGAGCAGCUCAUGCGAUCAAACUGAUAAUGUUCCAAUGUAUAGUACAGUGUGUUUUGGUGCAUGUAUGUAUUUGUUUUCACACACAUGCAUGUCAGUAUGUGUGCGUGUGUGUUUAUGUCUGCAUGUGUAAUGUCUGCACAUGCAUUAAAAUAUGCCGCUGCAAGUAAGUGUGCACGCCGUGGAGUUGGAGUGUGUGUUUGUGUGUGUAAGUCUUAUGUAAACCUGCACACAUACACACUGAAGUUCAUAAAAGCACACAUCUGGUGGGCUCGCCCGGUUCUGUUCGGUUCUAACCUUUCACUGGGUUCUCGAGUUCUGACAGGAGUGAGACCUCUCCCCUCUCUGCAGCAGGAGUGAUCCCUCAGGCCCGAACAAAACAUCUUUGAACCCCCUCCCCCUCCUCCCCCCUCCUUCCCCAUCUCGCUCUCUUGUCUAAAUAAACUCUUUACACGCAACUCCACUGGCUGCCUGCCCAGCCUGUCUGCUGCUGAGAGCGCCUGUCAGUCAGCACUCAGGGCUGCAACCAGACCGCCAGGCUGCUGGGCCCAGAGCAGGCUGGGGAGUAAAUAACUGUUUCACUAUACUGACUGUUUCACUUUUUUAGUGACUGGUUAAUGACUGCUUUGCGGAUCAAUUGAUAUUAAAGUGAAUGACUGACUUGUUUAGCUGGCUGGUGGAUUCAAAGCUGCUUUACUGCCUGGUUUAUUGAUGAAUUGACUGGAGGGUUAACUUACUGACUGACCUCUGUGAUAACUAAAGCUGCUUUACUGCCUGGUUUAUUGAUGAAUUGAUUGUAGGGUUAACUUACUAACUGGUUAAACUGACACCUUUGGCAGCAUACACAGACUCAGUUUACCGACGGGCUGACUGACUGUUUCAUGUACUUGUUUAGUGGUUUAGUUCUCUGUUUACUGACUGGUAAAAACAGUCAUUAAAUGAACUUAAAUCUGGUAUCUGUUAGGCUUUGGAUGACUGAAAAGUUUCCUGCUUUCCCACCAGGACCAACCAAACCUCAUUCAAAAAUUGUUAAAUUAAGGAGAAGACUCAAGCAGCUUUAAAGCUUUCCUGUUAAUCUUUGUGAAUCACUGGUUCAAGAAGUCCUCCUUAUGAGGCUUUACUGGAUUAAAAUUACAGCUGCCACUAGCAAUAAUAACAAACACCGAACCUCCUCCAGCAACACUUGAAGUUGUCGCCAUGUUUUUGCAUCAAGACAGAUUGCUGCAGUGAGAAAGAAGUGAGCGUGUUAUUUCUGGCAAAUUCUUGGUAGUUUCUGAGGUUUUGGCAGGGGGUUUGGUGAGGGAAAGCGUGUGGUUAUAACAGGAAAGACAGAAAUAAUACAAAGAUCUUUUAUUGAUUUGAUACCUCACUACGCAGGAAAAGUUGAUGAUUUUUUAAUUCAGGUUUGGUGCAGGCGUACGUUUUACUCCCACUGCUGCUUAAUUAAUCAGGUCAGAAGUAAAGAGUGGGUGGGUGUGUGUGUGUGUGUGUAUGUAUUUGUGUGUGUGUAUAUGUGUGUUAGUGUGUAUGUUUCCUGUUCUCAAUGGUCUCACGGCACGAAACUGAUAAGAGCUCCGGAGCUCCAUUACAGAUUACUGCCUGAUGCUCUAUCACUCCCCCUUUUCCUCCCACCUCUGUCCUCUGUCACUUCUUACUCCCUCUCUUUUCCUGUCCCAUUUACUCAUUUCUUCCUCCCAUCUCUUUAACAAUCCCUCCUCCUCCUCUUCUUGCCUUAACUCUCUUAACCUCCUUUGUGUCUCGCCCUCUCAUCCUUUUCUCCCCCUCCUCUCCUAUCCUACUUCUUUCCUCCCCUCUUUGACCAAAAAUUCCCUCUCUUUCACCCCUCUUUACCUGCUUACUUUUUCCACUUCCUCCUGCCUACCCUCUCUCUCUUUUCCCUCCUCACGCCUCCUCCCCCUUCAUCAGUAUCUCCCCUAUAAUAACAUUUUGCACUUCCAGAUUGGAGUACAUGUAAUCAUGCGAACUCCAUGAAUGCCAGUAAAGGCAUAUCAGACACUUUGGCAGCUUGCAGCAUUGUGUGUGUGUGUGUGUGUGUGCUUUGUGUGUGUAUUUGCACUCACUCUCUCUCUCUCUAACACACACACACACACACACACACACACACACACAAUAAUCAUAGUAAAUGUUUUCCCUCUCUCUCUCCUUGUCUUUUCCUCCGCCGGCCUCUUUCCUCUCCUUUCUCGGCUCAGGAUGUCGGGGAUUGAAAAUUCGCACGCGAGGCUAAGUUAGUGUGUGUGUGUGUGUGUGUGUGUGUGUGUGUGUUUAUAGAUAUCUGUAUGUGUGUCAGCAGCAACUACAGCAAAUUAGCCGUAUUUCCCUCAGUUGUGUGGCCGCAAAUGUCAGAUGUUUUUCUCUCUCUCUCUUCUUUCCUUCCUGUGUUCUCUCACCUCUCUUCGGGUGGGGAUCAGUUUUUUGACCUUCUGCUUUUCUGGGUUUCUGUGCGUAAACACUUCCCUGAAACUCGUUGCCAAACUCCUCUGAACUGCUUUUAACCCUCUUUGACCCGGAUUACUUUUCCUAAUUUGAGCUCCUUUUCAUGCCUCUUACUUCUGCAUCUAAAACAGGCGAUUUGACCAGAAAUUAAAUAAAAAAAGUUCAGUCUGCCCUGUCCUAAAGAGGACAAAUAUUGAGGUUUACGGUUUAAACAUCUUCUAUUUUUAGAAAUGGAUGUAAAAAGAUGAGUUUUUCCUCUUCUGAAACCUACUUGUUCUGCAUCUUUGUGUAUUUUGUGUUAAAAGUUAACCUGAACUUUGGAAUAACUACCGUAAAGUUUGGUGUAGACGCAUAUUUAUUACCUUUUUGUUACCUAAUAGGGGAGCUACACCCUGCAUAGAAUGCAGAGAGCUAUUUCACUGUGUUGUUAUAUAUUACCCAGAUGCUCAUGUCUGCAGCUUAAAGCAAUAGAGCACUGACAUGUUGCACAAACAGGUUUGCAAAUUCAUCAAAUGAUGCACACAGAUGACGCAUGCCAAUGUAGGUGUUUCAAAAUAAAGACUGCCAUUUUGCAUUGAAUAAAAAUACAUGCUUAAUCUUAGUUGAUAUAUUUUAAGAGUGUAUCUGGAUUUUCAUGCUUUUUGUUGCAUGUAUGAGAGAUGAGAAUCAAAGUACUCACCAGAUUUUUAGCCGGCCUGCACUCAUGGAAAAUGAUUUGAGAUUCAUCUGCAAAAUUUGUAGUUACUGUGAGAACAAACUGUGAGUUCGUUUUCUCUCUCUGACCGUCUGAAACCCUUGGAUUAAGAUUGAAUUCACAGAACUUGUUCAGAUAAAAAAAAGCUAAAACCAGGACUGAAGCUAAAGCCUUUAAAGCAGCUUCACCUCUUGACUGUUCACUUUUUAAUUCAUUGAGUUAUGGACGCUGAGAGGAUUUAAAUAUCUAAAUAAUCUGAGUUUAGAGAGAAUUUCAGCCAGAGUCACUCCUGAAUUAAUGCACUUGUUUUUUGUUGCAUGCAAAUAUAUGUAUGUGCUUGAACUACUAAUUCAACUGCUUUUGUAUGAAAAAUGACAACGAUCCAAAUUAGCCUUGUAUUUUUGCAGAAUUUUCUAGACUGUCCAGAGGUCCAGAGAGUCCCUGUGUUUCUGCUUCUUCGUAAGGAAUCAGAAAAACUCGUGCAAGUCCAAUGAAAGCGCGGUCACGUGACUCUGCAGCUUUCAUCUCUUUGGCUUAACUCUGUCUGAAGUUUUCAGAGACGCUGAGUGAUAAACUUCUCCUCAGCAUAAACUCGCUGUGUGUCUGAGAUUAACUCCUGAAUUUGCCCUUUAUUGGCUGAGUGAUUGGUAUGAUCUCAGUGUGUGUGUGUGUGUGUGUGUGUGAGAAGGUGCGGUGGGUCAUGUGCAGUAUCAGCGGAGGUACUCGAGGGUGACCUGCCGUUCAGACGCAGGAAUGUAAACGUUGAGACGUCUCCGACAGGCUCGGCCUUAUCGCAGCAUGUUGAAGGUCAGAGGUCGGGGCCGGGUCGGGGAUGUUCAGGUUCAGGGCUGGAGCAGAGUGUGUGUGUGUGUGUGUGUGUGUGUGUGUGCAGCCUGAGCUUUUGCAGCCUGUGUGUGAACCUGCACCUUAUGAGACUUUUUCCAGUAAAGGUAAACCGCAGAUCUUGCAGUCGUCGGAAAGCGGUGCCUUAAACCUGCAGAGCGACACAGUUUCUCUUGACGGCACUGAACAAACAGCUCAUAUUCAACACUCACGGUGUGUUUUCACCCUCCCACUUGUUGACGGGAGGUUGGGUUGUUUAUCAUAUACUCUGUGUUGCCAUGUGGGUGCGGCCAUCAGUGAAAUAGUUGUGGUUAUCAAAGUGAGACUUUUAACCGCAGAGCAGGAAGCCACAGCAACGACGACAGUUGGAGGAGAGAGCAGGAAGAAGAGAAGUUAAAAACAAAGUGAGCAUUAGUGUCACAUCAGGUGUCGAGCUUCAAAGACAGUUUAUAAGAGAUGGGCACCUGACAAGAUGAGUGACAGGCGUAAGAGAGAGAAAGGGAGGAGGAAAUAUUGAUUUAUGUUGUUGAUUCAUCAUUCCACUCCAUUAUCAGUUCUUUGCCCCUUAAAUGAUCAGAUGGUUUUGAAUGAAACUAACUUUAAAAGGUGAAUAUUUGAUCUGUUUUCUUGCUCCUCCGCUUCACUAUAACUGCAAACAUUUCUUUUGUGACUGUUUUUAGAGAAGACAACCAUCUCCGAGAAUAACACCUUGAGGAACUGUUGACGGAUAUUUUUAAGAUAUUUGCAAUCAGAAAUAAUCAGAAUAAUCCAGAACAUUUUACAGAAGAUCAACAAUUUAAUCGGCCCAAGUUUGACUACAAUUUUCUGGGCAGAUAGUAUUCACACUGAAGAAGCUCAGUCCUCAAUUAAACUUUCAGAGUUUCAAGGUUUAGUUGUUCAACAUCACUGACUUACUGUUGAAUGAUCAGUAAAAUAUUAAUGUUCUUUAUUUAUUAAGCCCAACAACCCUUUCGGUGAAUCAAAGUGCUUUACAAUACAUAGUCAAUAAAAAUGAAUAAAUAAAAAUAGUAAAAAGCAAUAAAAAAGACACAAUGCAAUAAAAUGAAGUAAAAGUGUCACCACACUACUGGGCAAUACACAUUUCCAACCAUGCAAUAAAAACCUUUUGCACCAUUAAAUAUACAGAUACCACUGGGCAAUAAGAACAUUCUGCAACAUGAAGUGUACAUUUCCUACACUGCAUUAUUUUCCAAUAAACAGAUCUGAAUGUGCGAUAUUAACAUGACUCAUCAUGCAUUUUUUGACAUGUUUAACUAUGCAGUAUGAUAAAUAAAUAAACCAUUGAUAAAUGCAAAGUGAAACAAAAACUAGAAAGGAAAAAAAUGAACCACUUAUAAGGGAUAAAAACAGAGGGAUAUUAUUGGUAUCAGCUUAAAUAUGAAUGUUUGGUUUUAGCUGAUAUGAGGAAUUUUGCAGAUUUAAUUAUCCAAAAAUGUAAAGCAUUAAUGAUGUGCAGAUUUUUUACAAGUAUUUUGAAAUGUUGGCAGAAACAAAAAUGUCAUGCAUCCCUGUUUAUUAUUUGCUUAAAUAGAUGUUUUCUUUCUCAUUUUGGACCUUAAACUUAAAUAUUUCCAUACGCUGUGUGACGGCAAUCGGGUCUUUCUGGCGAAUUAUACAGAGUCAGAUGGUUUACACUGAGAAAUAGGAUCUCCCUGAAUUUACAGCAGAAUUAAAAUUCUUCAAACUUGGAUUCUUCAGCAGAGAAUUAUUUAAAAUCUUCCAUAUGUUUUUUAGAACAAAGAGUUGCAUGUUUGUUUUAAAGAUCUUUGCAUAUUUAGGUAAAAUUAGAUGUUUUUAAAAACUACAUGAGUCUGUUUGAGUCUGACCUCACUCAGUUUGUGAUGCAGAUUAGUCCGCCCUCUGUGUACCAGCAUAUAUCCCUGAUCAAAGGGACAGUAACACAACAGGAAACUACACACAUCAGACAACAGAUGAUCUGAGUUAGAGACACACAGAGAGAGGAUUUAAAACCAAGAAGAGCUCAGAGGGAAACUCAGACCUGAAAACACGACUCCCUUUCUGAAGAGACAAAAUCUCUUUUCUGUACUUUAGCUCAAAGUCAUCACUACUCAUGUCCAAACCUGCAGCGAGAGGAUCAGAGAGAGGGAGCGAGCGUGUUGGUGAUGCUGAUCUCCUGUCACCCCUCCUCCCUAUACCCUCCCUGCCUCCCUCCCUCUCUCCCUCCCUCCCCUCCCCUCCUCCCUCCCUCCAUCCUGCAGUCCAGAGGGAUGAAGAACAAUGACUCCAUUCAGCUCUCUGGUUUCAAAGUCGACAGAAACCGCAAAGUGCUUCGGAGCGGGUGUUUGGAGACGAAGGGGUGAGGGGAAGGGAGGCGUGUUCGCAAAUUUGAUAGAAAAGAGAAAUGGUGAUUCAGGCGGGCUAAAAUGAUUUCAUGUUCGGUGGUGGGUUUGAUGACGGGGUCAACAAGUGCAGGGGCGGAUUCUUACGGUCCAAAAAAGACGCUUCCUCUGAAGGCCUCGGUCAUCAAAGUGGGUCUGCAUGAAGUUUUCAGAGCUGGAACCAAAAUUAUUCUCCUUUUGAAUCAGUUUGUUUGAUAAAUAAUGUGAGUAAAAGUGUAAAGACAAGCAGUAGAUGUCCUCUUCAAUGAAGUGAAAUCAGUGCAUAUUAAAAUGUAUAUACUGAGUGUGAGAGUGUGAGCUUUAUCUCUAAAAAGGCCAUUGUUUGUUUACGUAAUUCAAUUGUUGAUUUGCAGAAAUAUUUUCUGAAAGUUUGGUUAAUAAAAGUUAUUUUUUUCCACCAGAAGCUCCUAAACUUUGAGUUUUGCAGCUGCAUAGAUUUUGCAGUGAGAUUUCAGUCAGAGGUCAUGAAAUUUGGCUUGACUGAAGCGGCCCGUCUCUGAGCACACAGACCUGAUUUACAGCUCUGUUCAUGCAGCAGCACUUUGAGCGUCCUUUAUUACCCUGUAAAGUUACUGUCAAACCAUCUGAGAAACAUACAUGUUCAACACACAAACAUAACAACACCACCAGCUUUGUUGGGAACUUUUUCUGAUUAGUGCAGCGCCACAUAGAAGCCGAGGAGGGGAAGUCUCAUUCUCUCAGGAGGGGGGUAGGGGGGGUUCUGGUGGUUUCUUCUGUUUUAUGAGGGUUGUGGCAGUUUGGUAGGAGUCAGCUGUUCCUUGUUAAACCGAGCAUUUGGGGUAAUGGGGUGAAAGAAGUGGGUUUUUGACUACGUCAGAAACGGAGCGGGGAGUUCCCCAGGGCACCUACGUGGGUCCUCUCACGUUUUAUUCUCUGUUUUCUGACUUUUGCGUCUUUGUGCUUUCGCUCUCACUCUUUCACACAUUCUUUCUUGCUGCUUUAUUUAGCACUCUCUCACUCUUUAUCUAUUUAUACCUCACAUUCUUCUGUCAUCUCUGCCCUCAAAUUUGAUCCAUCUCAUGUCUCACCCAGAUCUUCUUCUUCUUCUUCUCGGUACUAAAAUAGCUCAUUGUUGCUGCGCUGAAACGCUGAACCACUAAACCAGAUUGCCUCCAGCUAUGAGUGUGUUAGAGGCCCGAACGAGCAUGCCCGAACAAACCCCCCCACAUACACAUACACACACACACACACACACACACACACACACACACACACACACACACACACACACACACACACACACACACACACACACUAAAACCACACUGAGGCAACAGUGAAACCCAAGACAAAGACUCUUAAAAAAGUUUUGAAUGACUUUUACAUCUUUUCUUGAUAUUUGUUUACAGCCCACACACACACACACACACACACACACACACACACACACACACACACACACACACCACACAUUGUUUGGGUUAUCUUUAUGAGCAGCUGCUACACAUUUACACUUCUAAUCGUUCUUCAGCCUUUAAAAUGUGUAAAACUUUCACAUUUAGGCAACAAAACCACAAGUCCCAUCCUGUCCAGUUUCUGUUUGGACUGCAGAGCAUUUUAUUCCCGUAAAUAUCGUUCUUUUUUUUUUUUUGUCUGUUCAUGUAUUUGUGCGGAUGAUCCUCCUGUAAGCGUCGCCUGUCAUUCCUGCAUUAUGAGGGAAUGUUUGUGUGGGGUCAGGUUACAGAGAAGAUGUCAAACUGGGUGUCAUGAGAUUGAGAGUCUGCAGGUUUUUUGUUUCCAGUGCAUCCCUGAGCCAGGUGCUUUCACUGCCAAACAUAACACCAGACCAGGAACUAAUGAGAGAAAUUCCCAGCUGGAGCAACAAGCUCGAAAAACCUUGAUUCACACCGACAGACGAGAUUACAAGACUUCUUCUUUUGCUCUAUGUUCAUCUGUUUUCAUCUCAGAACAACGCCUCAUACAUCUUCAGGGAUAAACUCAGUUUGCAGGACAGUUUUGGGAUAAUUUGCACCUUGAACCUGCAACAUUACAGCUGCAAACUUCUGCUAAUGCAAAGUCUAAGAGUAGCAGGAAAUGUUUCUUUUUCAGGCUGGUGCAAAUCUCAAAAGUCCGGAUUUAGAUCAGAAAGUUUCAUUUCUUUUUAGACUGAAAGAGCACCAAGGAGCAGCUGAUUUGAAGCCCUUAUAUUUAUAGUUAUGUUUAGAAAAGUAAUGACAUGUCAGUGCUGUCCCACCAGCUCUUGAAAAUACUCCCUCUUUAUGGUGUAUUGGUACAGUUCAUUUUUCCUCAAGCGUGCUCGUAAGACGGGUAAAACUAGUGACCGAACAGGAUGCGUGAGGAAAGCACAGGACCAAAUCUGCACAAUAGGCCGUCUCAAAUGUAAACAUGAAAUGAAAUCGUGCAGAUUAAUGACUCCUCCUAAAUAAAACCCUCUGCAGUCUCCAUCCAAGCUCUCUUUCCUUAUUUGUACCAGCUGUUCUUUCACCCAAAUUAUGUGUUCUCGUCUUAUUUUUACGGCUCUGACUGCAGUCACUCGUGCUGCGCUGCUUCUGCUGCUAAUGUUGGACUCUGUUUGAGUUUCCUGCCACAGAUCAAAAAUGUGCUCUUGGAUAUAAAACUUGUAGCUUCUGAAACGUAACACCCUCUUGGGAAGCACACGCCGAUACACUUGGAGGAGGAUUAAAGGGGACAGUUUGUGCCCGGCUCUAGCCUCUGGUGUGUUUCCUUUCUUUGUGCUUCGGUGUUUCUAACCAACCCUUCUGGUUUGGUCGUCCCCUGGUAUGUCUUUGUACCACUCUGGCUCAAAUCUCAAAUUAUCUGAGACUUUUUUGGCUCUGACCAAGCUGGACUCUUUUCUUUGGCUGCGUAUGCUUUCAUUGGAUUCAUAAAAUAGAAAUAGUGUGUUAUUUUGUGGGAUAAUACUCCUUUUCAUGGAGGGACAUGGACACCACUUUCACGUCUGGGCAGUACAUGAAAGAUUUGGCUAGCUUAGCUUAGCGUUGAGGAGAUGUAAAAGUGAAGAAAAUCACUUUUUUUUUGCACUUUUUGAAAUUUAAAUAAUUCAAAGACAACAAAUCAGAUGUUACAGUGAUUUCCACUACAGAGUCACUUUUGUUUAUAAAGCAGUAAGAGAUCAAAUAUGACCAAAUCAAACUCAGUAAAACCAAACAAAAACCAACAGCUCUCAAGGUUUCUCCUCCAUGUUAAUGUGUCCGAUGGCUGAUGGAAUAAAAGAGCAGAGGAUGCAGUUUCCAUGGUUUUCCAAAAAGACCGUCAAGUACUGCCCUCUGCUUCCUCUCAGUCCACCUUAAAUGGGCUCAGGUGCAGAGAAGUCUCCGUGUUUCUGGAUCAUGUUUUGUUCUUCUGCUUAGAUCUGAUCUUGAAUCAAACUGUGAAUUAAAAAUCAGACAAAACCAGCUUUGAGAUGCAUCUAAAACAGCCUCAUUUCUUCAUGCCUGUCGGUCUCUAUGUGCUGCCAUGUGAUUCAGCCGCUGGCGAAGGCAGACGGUUCAGCACGAGCUCCGAGUUCGGCUCAGGUUGAGAGGUCACGCUCAGUUUGUAUGGAAGUUGGUGUUAUAAAGAUAAGGAUUGUCUAAUUUAAUUUUAUCAAAGUCUGAACUGUCUGAAUGCCUCCGCUUUUCUGCCUCUAAACUGAACUUGUGACCAGGAAAUCUCGUUCUGCUUCAUUUUCAAGCAGGAAAAUUUGAACUUUUGAUGCUCGAGACACAACAAACGCCUCUGUGAUGGUUUAAGGUUAGAAAUGAUGGACUACUCUGGGAGGCUUUCUGGGUCAGUGUGUGGUUCAAAUAAAAGCUUUUACCCUCAAAUGUCAAACUGUUUAUUAGAAUUACUCAGACUUUAACCUCUGCACUCGCAGGCUGGACGGAGAUCAAACCGGGAAAUAACCGAAACACCAAAGUGUUUUCCACUUUUUCAAAAAACCAUCAAAUUCUGUAUUUUACACCCAAGCUGUUAUGGGGUCCUGUGGUCAUCAGGUUCACAGUUGUGUUUAAGACUUAAAGCGACACUGAAAGUCUUUUUCCUCUCAUGCACAGGACUUCUUCUAAAACUCAGCUUUAAUUAAACUCAAAAUUUUACACGUUCAUCUUUUACGUAAAAUUUGAUUCCAACCAUUUUAUCCUGCGGCCUUUUUCAGAGGAUGUUGAAUCUUAAAAACUGGUUUAUAUAACUUUACCGGGGAGUUUUCACAAACUUAUAAUCAGAGGUUUAGAUUAUCUUCAACCUCAAAAUUAUACACAACAUGUUCUGAUCAGUCUGUUGGAAGAGACGCUGCUUCAUGUCAAACUCCUCCACACACAUGAUUAGAAAAACCAGCUCGGUCAGGAUCAAUCUGAGUCCACGUGCCAGCGUCUGAGGCCUUUAUCGAACCACUUCACAUGAUCUGGUCCUCAAACAUAACCCACCCCCCCCCCCUGCUGAGCGUUCAGUCCAUGGGGGAAACGUGAAGGCCAACGGGUAAUUUUGUGGCUCAGCCGGUUCUCCUCACUUGGACCAGAGGACGGACAGACGGACUGAGCCAGCCUCAGACUUUGGUUUUAAGCUUGAGAUUUUAAACCCGGUGCUUGAAUUGGUUUAAAAACAGUGCCAGCGCUCUGAAUCCUCAGCUUGUGUUAAGUCUAUUGAUCUGCUUUUUCUGUUUAUUUUUCAUCCUAACAUCAAAACAAUCUCCUCAAAAGCUCCUCAGGUUCAAAAUCGGAAGUUUCUCGAGCUUUACUGGCACAGAAAAGCAGGGAAAGGGAUAAUACUGACAUCUUUUUAUCUUUUAUUUGAUUAAUCAUACAUCUCAUACAAACUAAACUUCAUCAAUCAGCCUGUAACAUCUGUCUUUAAGCAGUUAAUCUAUACAUUUCCAGGCCGUGAAAAAGGCGGACAUUUUUGCUUUAAAGUUGCUCAUAUGUUUAUCUAUUUGGGAGAUAUUCGUUGGUGCACAUCGUCAAAAACGCGGCCAGUCUUUGCAGCCUCUAUUUCUCCUCCACCAGCUCAUCCAUCGUCGUUUCUUCCUCAGGUUCUUUGUCCCAAAAUCCACCUGCUUCCUCUCUCAGAGGAUAUUUUAGGUCUGUUUUUUUGUUCUCACUUUGAUAAGAAACAGCCUGAUAAUCACCAGAAGAGGAAGAGGAGGACGAGUUCAGAGUGAGGGGUGUUGUAAGACGACAGGAAACAUCAGUCUGCUCCACCCUGAUAAAAAAAGAGAUGCUGUGUUCCUCUUUCUGUUUUUCUCACUGCAUGCUUCCCAUUUUAACCAAAAACUGGCGACUUUCGUGAACAGAAGCGUCUCCAUAUAUUGGGUCAUGACCUUUGUUAUUGCGUCACUGCAUACGUACAUUUGUGGACCAGGUGGAGAAAAGUAAAAGUUGCGUCUGAAGUUGGUUUUCACUUCUCGUUCUGCGGUUCUUCUUCUUCUUCUCUGUUUUUUCUCUGAAAUGAGGAUGCCCUUCACAAAAAAACAAUCCAAAGCAAAAGAAAAUUUUAGCUUGAACCUCUUUCUUCUUCUCCUUCAGCCACCAUGAAGAAAGGUCAGAACGGCUCCAGCUGGACCGGCGAUCGCAGUCUGAUGUUCGGAGGAAACGUCCAGAGCACCCUCCCUCCGUCCUCCACCAUCUCCUCCUCCUCUCAGGUGAACUCCAUCGAUGGAGUCAGCUUCUCAGAGGGAGACUUGCUGCUUCAGGUAACACCUCAGACUUGUUAGUCAUACGGCAGACUGUUAGUAGGAGUCACAAAGCUCAAAGUAAAAGCGGUUUCUCUGGUUUCCAGGCGCUGAACGGCUUCGUGUUGGUGGUGACGGCUGAAGGAUACGUCUUCUACACGUCCCCGACCAUACAGGAUUUCCUCGGCUUCCACCAGGUAGAUCAGAAUAAGGGGGACAGUGUGCACAAUCAGAAAAUACAGAGGGGAAAUAACGAGAUGCAGAAAAUGCACUGGGCAAACCAUCAUCACCGUCAUUGUCAUCAAGCAAAAUACACCUGUAGACACACCGAAGAAACAGCGAAGAACUUAAAAUAAGAUCAGUCCAGAAAACUCAAGUCUGUUAGUCCAGAUCUUAGACCAGCAGAACAGUCUGCUUCCUCUUCACAUCAGUCAGUUUCACUUCAUGUUGAGUUAUAGUCAAUUUCAGUGACAAUAAAUGAACACCUCCUCAAAAGCAACACGGGUUAAAGCUGACUUUAUCCGGAGGGAAAACUGAACACGAGCUAAAAGUAUGAAUCCCUCCAAAAUCUAAACUUCUGUUGCUGUUUUUAAUCCCAAAAACAGACCUUUGGUGGAUCGUUUAACACUUUUUAAGAGUGCCACAACACCCUGCAUUAAAAGCCCACACACACACAUUUUCUCAUAGGUCAGAGGGUGAACCACAUGUGAGUCAUGUGACUAUGUGUGUGUGUGCGUGCUUGUGUUUGUGUGCAUGAGAACUGAACGGCUUUGUUGUCUGUGAACUCUUGACUCGUAAACACAUCCGAUUGAACCGAGGUCAAAGAUUUCAGCAGCAGUCAGGGAGACAUAAAAAAACUUAGCCUGGGGAGAGUGCACGCAGUAAACAACACACACACACACACACACAGACACACACACACACACACACAUUUAUACAAACUACAGGUUUUCCACAACACAGUCUUCAGGCAGGAUGCUAAUCAGGACAGGAAACGUUUGCUUCUGGAGCUGCUGGAGCUGAAACCCACCAGCUGCUUUGUCAAUUAACACCCCUGUAAACUUUAUUUAUAACCGCUCUGUGAACACGAACAGAGCAGAAACAAAAAAAAAGACUGACUGAGGUCAAACGUGUAUGUUCCUCUUCGCUCUUAAUUCCUGACUUCAGGGUGCCUCUGAACUCCACAAAGCCCCCGCUGUGCAGAGUGCGUUCAUUUUUCAGCGUCUUUGACAAAGGAGGGUUUUGUGUGGGGUUUGUUUGCCGUUGGUUGAGUAACAGAGAGAGGCCGAGAGGUGUGGUUCACUCAGCACCUCCGUCCCUCAGCACAACGGCGUCUCUGUGUUUCCAGCACCAAGUCAAUGCCAUUCAUCCACCCCAGAGCAUUGUUCACCCACCUGUGUGUGUGUGUGUGUGUGUGUGUGUGUGUGUGUGUGUGUGUGUGUUUGCGCUAACAUCACUGCUUUUGAGCACAGCUCGCCAGAACAAACAGUGAGAAGCUGCAGCUCGCCAAUAGGAAGGAGGAAGGAGGCUUGGGGUUUCUGCUUCUUCUGCAAGAAAUAAAAGUCAAAAAUCUGAAGUCUUCACAGACCACUGAGCCUUUAACAUGAGGUUUUACAAGGACAUGAGUCUUCUGUGAGAGACUGCGUGAGCUAACAGCUCAACAGUUUCAGAAUCAUGUCUCUGAGUAUUACCAUGUUUUCCGGACUAUAAGUUUCCCCAGAGUGUAAGUCACACCAGCCAAAAAAAGCAAAAUGAAGAAGAAAAAACAUAUUCUGGUAUAGGUUGCAUUUCUGGGGGGAAAUGAAUUUUUACAAGUUUAUGAAUAACAAUAGAAUAAAGAACAACAGGCUGAAUAGGUGUACGGUAUGUUAAAGUAACACGUUGAUGGUUAUUCAGCUACAUGAAGCAUGAACAACAAACUCAAUAGGUGUCUGGUAUGUUAACGUGACAUAUUAACAGUUAUUCAGAUAACUAUAGUAUAAAAACAUCACAAAACAAGUUCACCAAACUCUCGAUCUCACUCCAAUGAACUAAAUCUGAGGUGGAGGUGGACAAAGUGCCACUUCCUCUUCUGCGUGACUGUCAUCAGACUUUAUGUGAAAUUAUAUAUUUUAAUAUAUCUAAGUCACACUUGAGUGUAAGUCGCAAACCCAGCCAAACUAUAAAUAAAGUUCGACUUUUAGUCUGGAAAAUACAGUCGUGAAAGAAUAAGUGGAUUUCUGUACUAAAGGGACAAAGACCAAAACCAAGACUGGAUGGUCCUGAUCUUCAGGGCAUUAAAAACAGACAGGACUCUGGAGUGGAAGUCACUUUAUGGACUCAGAAUUUACUAAUGAGGUUCAAACUGAACUGUGAAAGAGACCAGAUAGGACCAGGAUCCAGAGGUGGGGAUGGUGAGGCUCCAUCAAUGCUGAACAAUAUCUCCAGGUUUAGGAGCAACAUCUGCUGACAUCCAGACAAUAAAAAACCGUAUCAACACUCAUCUGUGGUUUUUUAUUUUAUUGUUUUUUUUUGUGGAUUUAUUUAAAGCCCCAGUUUGACACUUGGAGGACAACAGUCUCAGUUUUUCAAUGCAGCGCAGUUAGAGAUGAUUUUUUUUCUGUUUUCAGUCGGAUGUGGUCCAUCAGAGCGUGUUUGAGUUGAUCCACACAGACGACAGAGCUCUCUUCAGACGGCAGCUUCACUUCGCUCUCAACCCGGACACGAGCCAGACGAACAACGGGACCGACAGUCCCAGUGAGUCAAAAUAAGAAACGAUAAACCACACAGUCCUGUCAGACCACUUCUUUGUGCUCAUAAGGAUUUGUUUUUUUCUUCUUCAGAUGACCAGAGCUCUGCAGAGAUCAGCAGUAGCCUGAUCGCCUACGACCCCAAGACCAUCCCACCUGAAAACUCGUCUUUCCUGGAGAGAAACUUCUGCUGUCGUUUCCGCUGCCUGCUUGACAACUCCUCCGGCUUCCUGGUAAAAUAAAAAACAAAAGCACACAAACAAAGAUUGUCUAUGACCGAGAGGAUGAGGUCUAUCUUUAAAAAUCAAACAUCAUUAAAACCGUAAAAUGAGUUUUUCCACUGAUCUCUCAUAUCUCUGCAGGCGCUGAACUUCUGUGGGCGUCUGAAGUUCGUCCACGGUCAGAAUCGCAUCUCCGAUGACGGGACACUGGUUCCUCCUCAGCUGGCUCUAUUCGCCAUCGCCACGCCGAUGCAACCGCCGUCCAUCCUGGAGAUCCGCACCAAGACGCUCAUCUUUCAGACCAAACACAAGCUGGACUUCACGCCCAUGGGCAUCGACACCAGGUACAUGCAGAAAUCAACAAGAACACAUUUUAAAGAAGAUGGUUUCUCUUUGUUAAAUACUAACUGAUGAUGUAUUUGUGAUGCUUUUAUCGAUCGUUUUUUCCACGUCUGUAGAGGGAAGGUGGUUCUGGGUUACAGCGAAGUGGAGCUCUGCAUGAAAGGUUCAGGAUACAACUUCAUCCACGCCGCAGACAUGAUGUACUGCGCGGACAACCACGUCAGGAGUGAGUUUCAGUAGCCUCUAAUGAAGAAGAAGAAGAGGAGCUGUGAUUUAUAUAAAGGAUUAUAUCACAUAUUCAAACAUCUGUUUUUCUUCUCUGUGUCAUGUUCAGUGAUAAAAACAGGAGAGAGCGGUUUCACCGUCUUCAGGCUUCUGUCUAAGGGUGGGACGUGGGUCUGGGUUCAGGCGAACGCCCGGCUCGUCUUUAAAGGAGGGAAACCAGAUUUCAUCAUCGCCCGACAGAGAGCGCUAACGUAAGUUUUUAAAGCCGCCGUCAGGGAAAUUUCGAAGUUGUCAAAAUUCAAUCUGAAUGGUGGUUAAUUUAUCUUUUGAUGUUUUUGGCUCCACAUUUAUAAAGUUUAUAUAAGUGAAGUUACUGUACUAAUGGAGUUAUUAUUUAUGGAUAUAAUCAAUUUGAUGAAAGGACCUUUUAGGUUUUCUAUUUCUUUGCCUUUAUUAUCACGUCUCCUAAGAUAUUUGCUCUUUUUUUCACUUAAAGAAACGAAGAAGGAGAAGAGCAGCUGCGUCUUCGUCGGCUGCAGCUGCCAUUCAACUUCGCCGACGGGGAGGCGCUGUUGUACGAUGUUGCUCCCGCCAUCGACAUUCCUGACCCGUGCUCCGCCCCCAAACAGAGGAAGUUGGACAACUACAACAUCAGCCCCAACUCCAUACUGGGUUGCAUGCUGAAUCAGGACCAGUCCAUCUACUGUGAGCACAACAACACCCCCACCCUCAGCAGCCUUAACGACACCGCCUUCCAGGACACACACGCCACCCUCAGUGUCCCCGGAGACGCCUGGUUGGACUCCACGCCAAAACCUGCAAUGGGAGGUCGAGUGAAGGCCGAGGGCACGGUCCAGGACAUGAUGGACACCCUGCAGCAGAUCCUGGAGGACAACGACCUGGUGGACGUCCUGGACGUAGAGCCGGAUGAGCUGAAGAGCUGGGAGAACACGCUGCUGAAGAUGAGCACCAACAACUGCGAGAUGGGCGAAGACCUGAACGACAUCCUGAGCCAGGACAUCCUGUCCUACGUGGAGGAGCAGCUGCAGAGGGAGGGCGGGCUCAAGCUGCCAGAUCACCUGGACGACAUCCCGCCCUGCCUCCCAACUCUGGACCUCCAGAACCAGAAUCCAGACCAGGGUGAGGAGCAGAACUUUGGCUGGAAUCUGGAGCCACAGAGCCAGCUGAUGCCAAAUGGGGGGCAGAUGGUACUGGGACAACAGACCCCAGUUCAAGGGAUGAUGAAACUCUCCCACAUGGGUCUUCCCCAGAUGACCUCUUCUGCUCUGAUUGGUCCGACCCUCCAGCAGAUCACCUCUCAGCAAACGCCUCUUCAGCUGGGCGCCUCAGGAAACAUCCCCGCGCCGGUUUCCUUUAACACCUCCAUGGCAGACCCGUGUGGUCAAACACAGAACCAACUCAGAACUGUACCAGUCCCCUCCAAGGACAACAACCUCGGGGGAUUCUCACUCAGACAAACCAAUCAGAUUCAACCCAACCAAAUGGCUCCACCCAUCCAGAACCACCUUCCGAUGAGGACGCCAAACCUACCCAUCAGCCUUCAGGACCAAAGCCCGGCGCAGCCCAUCUUCCACUUUCAAGGAAACCAGUGGAACCCCUCCGUCAACUCCAGCCCAGCGGACAACUUUGUAGAAACAUUUGCCCAAAAUAUUUCAAACCCGUCGUCAACGUUUCCUGCGGGUCCUUCCUCAUCCAACGGCCUUCAGGGUCACUUUUCACGCCAAAACGGCGAGAAUCAGGGACAGUCCUGGCAGCUGGAGAAGCAGCAGCAGCAGCUGAUCUCCAGCGGGCACCAACAGAUGGGUGCCUGCCUCAACCAGAUGCCUGGAUUUCAGAUGAAUCCACUUCCUGGAGUUGUCGCUGGCCAGAACCCCGUCAAUGGCAGGCCGAUGUUCAGGACUCCAGAGACUUCAAAUGUACCAUUUCCUGUCCAGCAGAGCGUGCAACCGCCUCCUCUGGUGCCCUCUAGCAGCUGUAGAUUCAGUAAUGUCCCGCAGUCAGUGCCUGUAAACGGAGUCCACCUCAGUCAGACGCCGUCCUGCCAGAGACUGAACCCCACAAACACCCAGAUCCCCUCCAAACCCUCAUGUUUCUAUCAGGGUCUGCAGGGAGGCGGGUCUGUAUCGGGGAUGACGAGCAUCCCCAACCCCGAUGAGGCAGCGCUGUCCUGCCAAAUGAACACCGGUCUGAACCCUGACGGUCUGCUCGGACAGCAACAGCAGUACUUAAACUUCAGUGAACAGACACAGGUAAGGACAAACAGCAUCAGGGGACUGUCCACAGAAAAACGUAAAACUCCAUUUCAUUUUUAGGGUUUGAAAAAUUUGGAUAUUAGUGCGACUAUUUUUUAAGUCAAAGCUCAGCCUUAGUACGCAUUUAGAGGAAACUGAUACACAAGUGUGCAAAAUAUAUCUUCUGAAGUAAUAUCUGAAUCGCUGUUUUAACAAUGUAUGAAAGGAUCGUAUCAAGUAUGUGACUCAUAAAACAUGAAGCAGACCACAAACAGAGCAUGCAAGUGUUUUUUGUGAAAGGUGCAAAAUAUUGUAACUCCUGUUAUCUGCACAAAUGACCCAAAACAUAAAGGGAUGUUGUUUUUUUUACAGUUUUGCACAUCCCUUCUCACACAUCAUCCUGUUUCCACAUCUCAUCUUUACUUGAAACUAUUGUUUUUUGUUUUUUUUCAGAUCAGUCUAACCUGCCAUGUCUUUUUUCACAGAUCAACAGCCGUCCAGUCAUUGGGAACGGAGGAUUCCCUUUUCCUUCACUGCCCAACGGGAACGCAUACUUCUCAGAGAACAAAUAAAAACCAGCCGCCUUGACUCUCUGACGGCAGAGGAUCAGACUGAAAGAGACGCUUUUAAAGAAGCAGGAAGAAUCCUGCCUGUAAAAAGAAAGGAGUGGAGCAGACUGAAGAACAGGAACAUGCCGGAGAAGGAGGAUGAGGAGACGAGACAGGACAUCUGUGCUCCUCUUUUCUUUCCUUUUUUUAAAUCAGAACAGCAAUGAAAUCUCUGAGAGUUCAAGUGUUUGAGUUCAGGAUGACCAGGAGAGAAGAAAGAAAAAGAGAAAGAUCGUUUUUGAAAAAGUAAAGGUUUGGGUUGUUGGAGCAGGAUGAGAGGAUGACGAAUGACCCAAAAGAACAGUGUGGGAUAUUUGGACAGUGAUGGAGUCACACAACACAGCACUUGUUUUUCAUGAUUGCAUUGGAUGAGUAAGUCUCCAAAUUAUGAGUCAUCUGUCUGUAUGUAAGAAUCAGCCCCUAAAUCCUCACUCGAUAACAUUUUCUUGUAAAACCAACUGUUUCACGAAAACAUGUCAAAGGAUUAAUUUUCAAAAAACCAACACGAGAGCAUCAAAGGUGGCUCAAAGUUCUCCCUGAGAUUCCUAAUGUCAUCCAAAAAGAGCUGUGAUUUGCUCUUUACUGCCCCCUUGUGGUGGUGAUGACAGACAGAACAACCUCUGCAGCACAAGUAAAUGAUAGACACGUCUAUGUUUAAGAUGUUUUCCCCUAUUCGGCCACAAGGGGCAGCAACAAGCCGCCUCGCCGCACUUAAAAAAUAUGCUCUGCAGGUGUAUCAACUUUAUGAUUUAUUCGUAGAGUUAAACUGAGAGAUGGAUGCAUGAAUACAUUUUCUUUCAUGGUGCUUCUGUCAUGCAGCUUUAAAAAGUAACAGGAUGUAAAAAAUGAUAUGAACACUUAAAUAGGGGCCAAGAUUUUUUUUAAUGGUGUUGGUUUUACAAGAAAAGAACUCAGAGGGAUGAGGACUGAGGGGAUGAUUUGGUUCAGAAAGUCAUUCUAUUUUUUCAGCAGGAAACAUCAGAAAUUGUUUUUACACUUUUGGACGAGUUAGACAGUGAGAAGAAAGAAGAAGCUUAUGUGAAUCCUCUGCCGUCCCUGACGCACAGUCCUGAAAACCUGCUUUCUUUUCAAGCGCUCAGAAGGAUAAAAUAUAUAUUCUUUUCUUUUUUUAAAUUUUGCUGUUUUGUCCUUUUGAGAAUGCGUUAAAAGUUCAUUUCAACUCUUUUCUUCUUUCCUGCUGAGGGAGACGUGCUUUGCAGACAGGGUGUAGAAAUAAAAGCGCACAACUUCACAGCUUCAGUCGCCUAAGAGACGAUGAAAACCGCUGCUUUUUAGUGCCUCUUAAAAUAUUUUAAAAGCCUUCAGUCAUUGAGCCAGUUUCUUCCUUCCUUCGAUUUUUCUGUUUUUCACAGAUGGUGCCUUAAAAUGACUGUUUUUAAUGUUAAAGGGACAGUCUGCUUCAAUCAAAAACAUUUCCAACUAGAAAAGCACUCGGAGAGCGCAGACCUCCGCCAAGCAGCUCAUGUCCCCCCCUUAUAUUGUGAUUCACACCAAAACUUUUACUGUUACGUGUCUUUUAUUAACUUUUAUUUGUGUUUAAACUGGUAUGUUAACUGUUCCUAAAACAAGAAAUGCCCUGACCCGGAUUUGAACCCAGGACCUUCUGGCUGUGAGGUGACAGUGCUAACCACUACACCACUGUGCCGCCUAUCUACACCACUGUGCCGCCCAUUGGUUAUCUUACAGCAUUGAAAAUUCCAACAACACCCUUAUUUUUGUGUGUUCUGGAUCACAGUAUCCGGAAUUUUGUCCGGAUCACCACCAAAAUUUAAUGGGAUCCUCCUGGGGCUGAGAUGCACCUCUGGUGAAAAUUUCAGGUCAAUCCGUCUGUUACUUUCUCCGUAAAGUUGCGAACAGACAAACAAACAAACAAACCAACGCUACCGAAAACAUAACCUCCUUGGCGGAGGUAACUAGUAAUGUUUGAAAAAAAUCUUUUCGAAGUGUCACAGGAAUAUUAAUCUGUUACAAACCAAAGUUAAACUCGCCCUCGCCUUAACUUCGCCAAGUCAAUUGAGAUAUUUUUGCACUAUUGCUUUAAAAGUUUUGCCAAAGCAUUGUCAAAAGAAUGAAAUUCAUGUUUUUUUUAAUCAAAUAAUUUCUUUAAAGUGUUUGACAACUAAAAUUUGCACAAAACAAGUUGAUUUAAAACUGACCAGAUCCUCCAGAUUUUAUACAAAUUGGAUCAAAAAAUCAUUUUGAAGAUUAUUUGAAAAGAGUGCAGUUUAGAGAAAAAAUAUUUUUACAUUUUUGAAUGAUGAAUUUUUUCCAGAAAGAAUUUUUGUCCUUUUUUUAAAAAAAAGAUUUAAUCAUGACACAAUCACCAGCAUGUAUAAGAGACUUCCCCUGAGACACUAUAGCCUAACAUCGAACCUUGCCUUCACACUUUCCACAUCAAAUGUCCGUCCUCUUCCUCUUUCCUGUCUCUCUUUUUGAGGUUAAUUUAUCAACGUUCUUGCUCGGACUGGGAGUAUUGACGAUCGUCUGGCAGCGAAACACAGAAGUAAAACAGUUAAAGGCAGCUAUUUUUAUUUGAAAUGAUGAAAAAAAUGGAAAACACUUCAUAUAAACAAAAUAAUACAAAAUAAAAACAAGAGGUGGAAACUUCAAGUGCCUUUAUAUGGACCUCUUGAUUGAUGAUUGUUAAAAACAAUAGGAUUCAGCACUUAGAUUGAAACAGAAACAGCGAGAGGAAGCCUCAAACUGCAAGAGAUGUGCGUCACUUCAUCCAGUACUGAGCCGUGAAAUCUGACUUUUGUCUGUACAUGUCGUAUCAGCACUUCUGUACUCAAUUCUCUUAAAAAAAAGCAGCACUUGUGACAAGCUGCAGAUUCUUCAAGUAGAAGCAGCAAGCUUGAAAAAUUGAUCUAAAUACCAAAAAGAAAAAAAAAAGAUCAACAAAACAAACUGUGAUGCUUUAAUUUACAGGAUACCAAAGGGACGAGACAGAGUACAUACAGAUCGCCAGUGAAAAAAAAACCCUUUUACCUGUGAUGGGAAUUAAAAAAAAACAUCUGUAUAUAAAUCAGCAGGACAUAGACCUGAAUGAUUCUCUCUGUGGUUUAACUCCAAGUGUGACAUUAAUGCUAAAAUCAUGCUGUGUUCAUGUCAUGUGGGAACCCUCGUAAAUUACAGCUGUUAUGAUUUUGCUUCAAACAAACAAUAAUGAUGCUUAAGUGAGAGUUUAAGCCAAUAAAAAGCACUUGUUUGGAUUAAAAUACAGCUCAGGAUAAUUGAUAAAGAACUUCACUUCACUUGUCAUUUUUCGAAUCAACCCCUGACUUUUCAUGGCAAAGUUAACCAUUUAGUUUUUACGCUCCAAUGUCAAAUGAGUGUUAGAACACCACAUGGCGUGAAUGCUGCAGAAGACACAAGCUACAGCUUCUCUUACAGCUGUCAAAAGGUAUUUUGGGAAAUGUAUUAAAACCACUACCUGCAGCAGAGGUUGUAGCAACAGGAUGGAAAUUGUGUUCAUGAUUACUUUGGCUCAGUUUCAUUUCGAACUCCAUAAAUCCACUGUUUCCAAAUAAGUAUGUUUAUGAUUUAUGGAAAAUGAGCCAAAGUAACUCAUAGAGAAAAUCUCAAAACACAACUGAGUAGUAUACAGGACAUUUUCUAAAGCUUGGUGGUGCUAUAGUAUGUUCUCCAACAGAAAAAAACAAGCGUGCCUUGACAGCGGACUCACCAAAAAUCAUCUAUCAGACCAAAAUUCCUCACAGAUACAGUUUUCACUAUGCACACUCAGUACAAAAUGAAGUGCUUAUGUUUCUCCUCUUAAAAAUCCAGUGCUUUCAUCAAGACACAAUAUAUAAAUAUAAAUAUCUUGUUACUUUCUCCUGAAAUAAAAAAAAAAGUGUUUGUACUUAUUAUACUUUUUUUUCAAACCCCAGGAAGCUGAGGCUUCGAAUUGCAGUAUCUUUGUGUACCUGUAUAUAAAAAUAUAUAUUUGUUUUCUUUUUCGUAUUUUCUGUAUUUUAAUGUCAUAUUGCCUUAACUUUACUCACACCUAUCAUUUUUUUGUACAUUUUCUGCACAACAUAUACAAAAGUAACCUUUCAUUAUGUUUUUGUAUCUCUUCAUUUUAUCAUAUUUUGUGGAUUUUGCCGUCAAUAUUUUGCCUCUAACAGUGUAUGAGUCUUUGAGUCAGUCCUUUAAUGCUGACCAUAUUAAAGGUGAUCUGAUCACAGGAUCCUCUGUGCUUUAA